AAGCAUUUGUUAACCAUUAAUCUUAUCUGACUAAGCCAGACCUCUGACUCUGCAGAGUAAGAUACCAGAGGCAGAAGCCGAGCAUGGGAGUAACUAUAGACGUGUAGACAUUUAUUUGGAAUUAUUACAUUAAACAUUGUGACCACAUGGCUCAGCGCAGGAUCUUCGCACUGCUUGCAUUAUGUAUAGCUCAAAUUCACAGUCAAAAAAUCCUCUCGGAAAAGAAAAAAUGUGGCGAUCCUCAAUGUGAAAGUAAGUGUUUGGCCUGACUAUGUUCUAAUGUCUAACCUUAACACUGCAAAUGUUUGUGAACUACAUUACCCACAAUGCAUAGCCAGGCCCUACACAGCGGCUCUGGUUCUAUUGAGUUCCUGUAUUUUGCCCCAAAUAAUCAAGUUGGUUUUAGAAUGUUUUUGUUUUUCCAAGUAUUAUCAAUAUGCAGAGUUUCAUUGUUACCUUUAUUUGAAGGUUAAUAUGUUACAUUUAAUGCAAGUUUCAUAUAAAUUAUUUUUGUUCAUUUUUUUUUGUUUAUUUGUUCAUGAAUUUACUUAAAGCACCGCUGGCUGGAGGUAAAUACAAGUCACAGCCUUAUCACACGGCAGGGCAAAGUUCGCUGGCCAUAGUUAGAUCAAAUACUGCUGCACACUCACAUUCUAUCAGCCUCUCUAGAAAGAAUUAUGUGGGAACUAUUACACCUGAAACAAGAUCAUUUUUGCAUCCAGCAGCUACUGUUCUUCUUUUUUUUUAUUCCUUUAUAUAUGGUUCGGUAUUUUGUAAAUAAUGUAUUUAUUGCAAACAUAGCCAUAGGCGUACAAAUGCAGCUGGACUGCUAGCUGCUGAACAAGCCACCAGGGAGUUAAAAAGGUGUCCUUGAACUAUGCUAUCCACUACCCCACCCCCGCCUGGCCACCCACCCAGAAGCCACUGAUCCGAGGGGGAGGAGGGAGAACCUGACAUACACCUCAUACAGUGCCAAAACUUACAGCCAACCUACACAUCCACUCAACAUUUUAAUAAAUAUCCUAGUGUGUUGCAAAAUUGUAAAGCGCUUAAAACGGUUUUUGGUUUUUGUUUCACUGAAGUGGUUAUGGUGCAUUGAGUAAGUGUUUAAUGGACAUCAUAAUUUAUUGAAGUUUAGCAAUUCAUUGAUCACUUGUUUAUCCCAAGCAAGGUAAUACUCAAAACAAGCCCUUAUGUCUUUCUUUAUACGUGGUAUAUGUGGAUACUGGCUCAAUGUAUUAAGGAGAGCAUGGUGUUUAGCUCUCACAGUGCUCAACAGAUUUGUCACUCAUUGUUUAGCAUAUUUCCAUCUACUCCAAACAUGUCUUAACCCUGGGAAUCUCAAGACUUUAUGUUUCUAGAAAAUUAUUAAAGAAACAAUAAUCUUCAACAUACCUUCUGUUUAUAGAAAAGUUAAAGGUUUAUCGACCAUUAGCCCGCUGUAGUGGUUAUGAUGGUAGCAGUAGUCUGGCCCCAUACCCCGGUAAUCAUGCAAUCUAGCUUGCCCUUUUACCUGAUCGUGCCGGGGCAUCGAGGGUUCUCUUCUGCAAUGGCUGGGUGCUGAUCUUGUCACUCAUUCAUUGGCUGAGAGUGUCAUUGCUGAACAGACCUGACACUAACCAGCCCUUGUUAAGUUCCUUAUGAGGAAUUCAGCUUUCUAAGUCAUUAUCCUGUGUAUUUAAGGUUUGAUGAUCAGAGCACAAGCUAAUCAAGACUAUGUAGGACCUGACUGCAGAUAUCUCAGCUUCAAGAUGGGAGCGGAAGUCAAUGUGUAUUAUAAACUAUCUGGGAAAAGAGAAGACCUGUGGCAAGGAAGUGUAAGUAACCAUCAGACCGUACCUAGGAACAUCAAUGGGUUGCUGGCUCUGUAGCCUCAUCCAUACUCUUCCAAUGCCUAAACAAAUAGAAGCAGGAGAAACAUCCUUCCAUAUUUGUCAGAUAGUGGGACCAUACUUCCAUAUUGGUUAGGCAGUGGGACCAUACCUCCUUAUUGGUCAGGGAGUACGACCAUACCUCCAGAUUGGUCAGAGAACAGGGCCAUGCUUCCAUACUGGUCAAACACUAAGAAAAGUAGAGAGAGCGAUUAUGAAAAUGACACAGAUCUUCCACACCUUCUCUUCAUUUUAAAGGGAGCACGCAUGACUUAGAGCAUAUUUGCAACUGCAAAUUUCACAAACCCUACACUGUUGUAGUCCAAUGAUCAACAUUUUUUUUUAACUAAUAAUUAAUUCAAUAACUCAGUAUGCUAGCAUUGCCCAAUAAACCUCACUCCAUGCUGGCAGUGCCCAAUAAACCUCACUCCAUGCUGGCAGUGCCCAAUAAACCUCACUCCAGGCUGGCAGCACUCAAUAUUAUUAUUAUUUAUAAAGUGCCAACAAGUUUCGCAGUGCUGUACAAUGGAUAGAAUAACGGACACACAGGAACAGAGGGAUUGAGGCCUCUGCUCAAUGAGCUUACAUGCUAGAGGGAGUGGGGUAUAGUGACACAAAAGGUAAGGGUAGGGUAGAAAAGUAUGUUGCUAGGAUAGUAUUUACUGAGGGCUUAGUGUUUUGUUUUGAUGACAGUUACAGGAGAGGAAUCAGGGUGCAGGGAGAGAAAGCUGUUCACAGUUAAAUUGAUACGCUUUCCUGAAUAAGUACUUUUUCAAAGAUUUUUUUGAAGGAGUGGAGACUGGGUGAAAGUCUAACAGAGAGGGCACGGGCAUUCCAUAGGAAUAGUGCAGCCCUAGAGAAGUCUUUAAGGCGAGCAUCAGAGGUAGUAGUACGCACAGAGGUUACACUUAAAUUUUUACUGGACAUAUUUGUAUAUUAGUGAGAAUAAGAAGGUCGGACCAGUAUUGUGUAGAGAUUUGUAAGCAAGUACCAAGAUCCUAAAUUGAGUCCUGUAUCUUAUGGGAAGCCAAUGGAGGGACUGACAAAGGGGGGAAACGUGGGAGGUGUGGGCAGACAGUAAGGUGAGCCUCGCCGCCGCAUUCAUUAUAGACUGUAACGGAGCAAGUUGGGAACACGUAAGACCACUGAGAAGAGGAUUACAGUAGUCAAGGCGAGAGAGGACAGCGGCAUGGACAAGCAACAUAGCUAUAUCAGGCGUUAAAUAGAAGCGGUUACGUGCUGUGUUUUUGAGAUGGAAAUGGCUGGAUUUGGCGAUUGAUUGAUUGGCAGCACCUAUAAAUCUCACUUCCUCUCUUACAGACCGGAAAGGCAUAUGGAUUGUUUUCAAAAGAUGCUGUGAACAUUGAAGAGAUUUACAUUACAGAGGAAUAUGAGGUCCCGGCACAGGUAAGGGGGUUUUAUUUCUUGGUUUAAUUAGUAUUGACAAGAUGUAUGUCUUAUAAGAAUGAAUGAAAUGGUCAUAGGGUGGGAGGUAGUGUGAUACCAGGGAGAAAUAAAAUGGAGAAAUAAAAGAAGGUGGGUGUUUCUGUGGGGGGUAAGGAUUAAAUGGGUAGUGGGAAUUCGCAGAGCCAUGGGUCCCAUAUUUUGUUGAAGUAUUUAGUGGUUAGGGCCGAAAGCUUAUCCAUUUCCUUUUCGUCAUCUACCUUACGUAUCACCAUGUUCAGUGGUGGGACAUUGGGUCUACCCAUGUUCUCUGCGAUUACUCGUCUUGUGACUAGUGCAAUCUUAGCAAUUAAUUUGUUUUGACACCUGGGAGUAUUCUGUGUGGUUUCAAGAGGAGCCAGAUCCACGGCCUAGUGGUAUGUCUGUGUGGAGUAUCCUUGAUAUAGAUUGUGAUACUUGGAGCCGUAAUUUGUGUGCAUUCCAACAAGAUGUUGUGCCUUUACUACCACAACCCUUUCAGUACAGGUCAGAAUCUGAUUUGCUUUAGCCUGAGAGGGGUGAGGUACCAUCGCAUUAGAGUUUUGUAGGCUUGUUCCUUAUGGUUUACAGAUAGUUAUCGUGGCUGUGGGCUCCCAAAUAUUUCCCCAGUCUGUUUGGUAUUCUGGAGGUCUGACGUCCCUCUCCCAACCUGACAUGCAUGACAGUGAUCCUUCAUAGCAGGAUUUGAUUAUGAGUGAAUAUAGUAUGGAGAUUUGGCUCUUUUGUAACGGGCAUUGCAAAGGCAAUAAGUGCUGUGACGCCUGCUUUUUUAUUGUCCAGGAAGCUUUGGACUUGAAGCUAUCAGAAAUGAUCGAAGGUGUUUAGCGGAGUGUGUUGUGGAAGGUCUGGGAAAGGUAUAAUUUGUUGGUUUUGAAAAAUUGGUAAAAGCAGAUAAGGAGCUUAUUGGUCUUUUAAUUGGUCCAACUGACCAACAAGAAAUAGCUUGUUAACCUUCCUUGCACAAGUCAUCAAAUCAGGGAGUGAGAGGGGGAAUUGUCAUAUUUGUUCUGGUCAUGUGCAAAAACUAUUUUCUAAGUACUGAUAAUUUGUUAAAAAAUAUAUUUUUUUCAGUUAUUUUUCAAGCCAUUUAGGUGUUGAAUUUGCCAAGUCUCUCGUGGUUCCAUUAAAGUUCUAAUAACUGUUCUUUUGAUGGAUUUUGAUGGGCAAAACAUGAGUGCUUAAUGUACAUUAAAGGUCCAUAUUUCUUUGAUUCGAUAAUGGUCAAAAUAUUUACAAAAGCAUUGAAAUAGGUAAAUUGCGAUUCAGAAUCGUUAACAGCAUACAGGCAGAUGUUAACAUGAUGAUAAAUAUUGGACAUUAGACUGUCCAAUUCAAUAAUAAAUUGCCAUUUAAUAAUUUGGAAUACAAUAGUCUUCUAAUAUGUUCCAGAGUAAACCAUAUUCACAAAUUAUAUCAUUUUAUAUUUUCAGGAAAUUGAUUUUGUUUGUCUAAACGGGGGCGAAUAUAUUUUUGAAAAUGAAGAUAGUGUUCUGCAUAAAAACAGAGAAAAUGAAUAUAUGGAAAUAACUUUUGAUCUGAAUGAAACCGAAGAUGGGAUCAAAACACAUUCAGGUAAUUUUUGUAUAGAAACGAACAAAAAUAAAUAUAAAUCUAAAAACUCACUGUGAAUUAACCUAAAAUGAAAACAAACGAUCAGUAAAAACUGGGAAAACAAAACAAAAAACACUCAAAUUCUGUCCUUGCUGUACAGUAACAAAUGCUAAUCUUGCAGUUAGAGAUGGCCUAUGGCGUCAAUUUAAUACUUUUAAAUAAGCUUUUCAAAUAAUUAUUUUUUGUUAUGAACUUUUAAAAUGAUUUAAAAUUAUGAAAAAUAUAUUCAUAUUUUAAUAUUGUAAUAUUUUUUAUAUAUAUUUAAAAAAAAGUUUAUCCAACAAUAUUAAAUCGAGCCCUAUAUGUCAUAACGCUCAGCCAGCCUAUAGCUGUACAAAAUGUUUGAUCUACUGUCAAUAUGAUACACAUGGGUUAUUGCCUAAAGAGUGAAUAGUUUAGAUUUCUAAAUUAAAAAAUAAACUUUACAUCAAAAAAGAUAAACUUUACAAAUUCCCCAUUAUCACUCCUUAUAUUUUAAGUUUUGCUAUCCUAGCCUAAAAUUUUAAAUUCACUUUGCAUUCCUGAAGCAGCAUACCAACAUUUUACAAAAAACACUGAAAAUGUAACUGUUUUUGUUAGAAAACAGGCAGGAAUGGCACACAGAAAUGUCGAAUGGAUAUAUUGUUGUGUUCCAAGGCUGGUGACAUUUAUAGAUUUUUUUCACUGACAUUUACAGGAUGUCCUGUUGAGUAGCAGGAGAUUGUAUUUUUUUUCGCCUGAGAUAUCAGCACCUGUGAAUAUUAUCAAAAUCCUCUAUUACAGCCAAAGUAAAUGUUUAAAUUAUUUAUUCUGCAUAUCAGGCAACCUACUAUUCUCUUUCAUUAUAUGAAACUACUGUAGCAAUACUCCCACAACAAAAAAAUAGUUUUCGAUAGUGUCUAGCAGUGGGUAUAUAAGUAUAAAAUGAUAUGGAUAAUUCCUUUUUAUUAUCUUCCAAAAUACUCUUAAUUUUCCUAAUAAGAUUCACAUAUGUAUUUUCAUUUUGUGUCUCUCUUGAGUUGUUCCCAAUUAUACCAUCUAUUUCAUCUAAAUUAAUGUACAAUUCUGUACUCCAUGUCCUCAGUGACGACUAUUAUUCUGUACAAUUGAUCAUAUGAUACUGUCUUCUCGUGGGUUCGAUAUCCUUUUCAGACAUAACGUAGUAUUAACUUUGCUUUUCAAGUUAAUACCUGACAUUCUGCAGUUUUUCUGAAAAGGGAGUCGUUGUUACCUUUAAAUACUUCACUGAUUUUCUCAUAAGGGUCCAACAUUCUCAUACAGUAUAUGCUACUUAUCAUUUACCAACUGUUAUUUGCCAAUUUAUAAGUCUUGAGCCUUUUCUGCCAUUUUCUUAACAAUUCCCUAUUUUAUCUAUGUGAAAACAGCAAACAUCACUCAAUAACAUAUAUUCUUUUUUUUUUCUGGGGUUUUUUCUUUUACAGAUGAUCACGUUAAUAGAGAUCAAGAAGUAGAUCCCAGUCUACAGACAUCUGAUCAAGAGCCAGAGAAAGCAGUUCCUGCAGAAAAACAGUCCUGGGGUCCUUCAGGUUUUGCAAGGUGGCUCGGUUUUAAAAAGGAUCAAGAAACGGUAAAGGAAACUAUGCAGAUGGACACAGAACCAAGAGAAGAUGACACAUUUCGCACAAGAAGAAUUGCGGCUUCUGAAGAGCAGGAUGUUAAAGGAUUAGAUGAUGCGCAGACAGAAACGUCUGGCUGGUUUAGUGGAAGAAUAAGACGUUUCCUGCCUUUUGGACAAAAAGAUAGCAACUCUGGUGAACGUAGCACCACAGAUGAGGUUAACGAUAUGAAGCAAGAUGAUAAUGUGGCCGAUACCGGAAUGGGUGAUGAGGAGAAACAAAUUGAAACUAGUGAACCUCAUGAAGCUCCGUCCAAAUGGCUUAAUUUCGGAUUUGACAAUGUUCUAGGACUUGAUGAAAAAAAUGACGCAAUGAAACCAGAAGCUGAACAAAAAAUAGAUGACUCCACAAAGAAUGAGUCACCAGAAGUUUUAAAUCAAGAUGACUCAUCCAGGCCUACUCACAGUAUGCAAGGUGAGAGCACAGAUAAUCUUGUGAUAAAUGAGAUACAGGAAGAUCCUUCCAAGAUCAACAAUGAUUUGACACAAGUGGAUAUUCCUAAAACACUGGAAGACUAUGUUGAUCUGGAUGCUUCCAUUGGUGGGGUCAAUCCAAUAGAAGAAACUGAAUUGUUGACUGGCCAUUCUGACAAACAAACAGUUAGCAACAAAUUAGAAACUCCCAAUGACUUUCAAGGUAAGAGUGCACAGAUUUCUACCAAUGGGAGGAGGGAUCUUUCAUUGGAUGGAUACGGUGCAAUACAUUACAUCUUUCACACACAGAUACAGGUUUCAAAUUCAGGCAUCGGAUCUAUAUAUUCUUACAACACCAUGGAAUCCUAUAGGAUAUUAUUCACUAUACAUAGAUCUAUGGAACUGGACUUGGUAACUAAAACAUUAGGCCAAAAUAAUGAAAUUGCUAUAAAAUCUCUAACUCAGUCUUUUUUCAAAUUAAGUGAGAGAAUAAGAGAGAUUAGAGAGAUUAUAUUUUGCUAUGUUUUAUCUCAUACAUUACGUUAUUCAUAUUUUUUUCUGUUGUAGAUGAAAAGAUUUCAAAACUGCACCAAGAAGACACAGAAAUUGGGGAAGCCGAUGCAUCUAUGCUAAAUUUGAACCUUUUAAAGGAAAACACACUUUUUCAGGGGCAGAAAUCUGAUACUGAUACAGAGGAACCAUCUGAUGACGGAUUCUUUUCCUUUUAUGGUAGAUAUGAGAUUAUUUUAUAACAACGAUUAAUAAUGUGAAGAUUAGCACACAAAUUUAUGAAGGACAAAAAAUAGGUUAAUUAAAGUCACUUAAUUUCUGAUUCAUUCACCCAUCUUAAAACCUGGAAACAUUUUAAAUAAGCAGGUAUUAUGCCACCCAAACUAUUAGCUAGAACUAUCAACUUAUUGUGCUAAUCAAAUGGUCCUAAUUCUGGUUCUCAUAUAAUACCUUAAUUACCCCAACUCAAAGUUAUCCACAAUUCAGACAAAAUGUUUACUCAUUAUUUUAUAUGUUAUCUAUUAUUAAUAAAUUAACUAACUAACUUGGAGGCUGAUAGGGAUAACAUUAGCGGGAAAAACUACCAUCAUAUUGUAUUAUUUCAAAUAAAAAUUAUUUGUAGUAUAUUCUCCAAACAUAAUUUUUAAUGCAUAUAUGAUGUCUUACCCUGGAUCUUUGGGGACAGUUUUGAGAUCCUCGUAACUUGCACAUGACAUCAAGACUUGUGAAUGUGCUAGAGCUCUCGGUUACCUGCGUGGGCUUAUGUUAAAUAAGGAGUGCUUCUGAUCAAAUCAGAUUUUUAUGAUGGUUGCCCAUAGAAUCAAGGGAGGCCAGGAGAAAGAUUGAGAUGAGCUUGUAUCUAGGCGUUACAAAAUAAUACACAGAGAAGCAAAACAGAUGGUUGAUAGGUUUACAUAAAUGUAGGAUAUGAAGAAACCUGGAUUGUGUGACCCCAGGAAUCUGCUCUUUCACUCAGAGACCCUGAGAACCUGUUUUUUGACAAUAAAGCUGGAAUAAAACUAUUAAUCUCAGCUUAAACUCAUUUAUUUGUAAAACGUGCAUUGAUGGCUUACCUGGUAUUGUUAAUUUGGACCUAUUCAAAUAUCUUUAUAUAUAGCGUACAUUUUGAAUGUGCUAUUCUUUUAUCUUUAAACACACAGAUGGCAUUCGGCUGUGGGACAUGGCUUACUCGAGCCUUCUUGAAAUCCACUCAAGCUACGUGAGUCCUGCCUUGUCACUGAUGACAGAUUCAGUUGACAAGGUACAUUGAUGAUUACAAUAUAUUUAUAUAUGAUUCCUUUUCCUGAAUGUGAAUCCAUUGUGUCAUGUCAUCCAUUGUGUCAUUCUAAUUACAUUCAGGAGAAUGUAAUUAGAAGGCCAGUUAGAAACAUAGACACAUAGAAUGUGACGGCAGAACCAUUCGGCCCAUCUAGUCUGCCCAAUUUUCUAAAUACUUUCAUUAGUCCCUGGCCUUAUCUUAUAGUUAGGAUAGCCUUAUGCCUAUCCCACGCAUGCUUAAACUCCUUUACUGUGUUAACCUCUACCACUUCAGCUGGAAGGCUAUUCCAUGCAUCCACUACCCUCUCAGUAAAGUAAUACUUCCUGAUAUUAUUUUUAAACCUUUGUCCCUCUAAUUUAAGACUAUGAUAGUUUUAGUAAAAGUAUAAUGGACACCUGGUUAUAUGACCUCUUUCUGUAUGACGGCAGCAGACAUUUGUUGUUCAAUGAAACACGUUUGGUGUCCUGCACUCUGUCUCCUAAUGCACAUCUAUCUUUUGACCAGUGUCAGUGUAUACGGAGUGAAAAUGCCAUGCAGUGCUACUAUGUUGUUCAUAUGACAGUUUGUUUGAUGUGUGAUUGGCACAAAAAAAAUUUAAUAUACAGCUUAUUGGGUUGAAGUGAUAGGAUAUCUAUAAAGAAACUUUGUGUUAUUUCAUUAAACUGUGGGUAAAUCACAACAUGGAAAUUGCAAGUUUUAAACCAUAAAAACCGAACUGAAAAAAUAGCCCUAAUAGAAAUGUUUUAUAAUUCAGCAACUUCGGCAUUAAAGAUCAUUAAAGAUUAAUGUUCAGUUUUCUAAUCACUACCAUGUUGCACUAUUUGGUGCGUCCCAUUAUGUGGUUAAGUUAAGAAAGUUCUGAAUAAGAAGUAAUAGAAUACAUGGAAUAUAUAUUAGUUGCUUGUCAUUAAUCCACCUGUGUCACCCCCACCAUUGCACAAAUGUCAAAGCCGGAUCACCUUACAGGAGAGCCACAAGCCCAGCCAGAUCACACACGCUGCUUCUACAAACGACUGUUUGCUGAUUAGCUCCCUGACAUAUCUAUUAUAUUCGGAAUAAAAUAAUUCAUUUGUAUGAGGAAUGGAAAGUUUAGAAGUUGCAGAUGGGGUAAGUUGUGAGACAUGGAUUAGAUUCUAAUUGAGUUUACAUGAGUUAGUAUAUCAGACUCUCAGACUCUCAAAACUCCAGUGUGCACAGUCCGAAACACUGCACGUGUGCUAUGGGAUGUUAUUGGUGUUUGUAUGUAGAAAUAAUGGUGAUAGAAAAGUUAAUAAGAAAAUUUCUUCAUAAUAAUCGAUUAGGAAAGCUCACUGAAGGAUUCAUUUUUCAGUAAUAAAAGAUUGAAAAUAAAACAUGCUGUAUUCCAUGUCAGCACCGUUGACAUUGCAUUGAUCUAAGUAAACACAUUGUAGCGUGAUGUAAAGUCCUUUUAUAAUCUUUCUGUUGAUCUACUUAGGGCUGAUUGCCUAAAUGGUGGGUUUUGGCAGAAUAACAAGUGAAUUGCAAGUUAUAGAACAAUAAUUCGACAUUUCAUACUAAAUGUAGCGGAUGGCACCAGGCGACCCUACAAAUAUACUGUAUAUACCUGCAUUCGUGUAUCUGCUGUAUUUUCUAUGUAUUAAAAAUAAUUGUAUUCCUCUGAUUGUUCGGUAGUUUCAUUCCCUUAGUUUAUUCGAAUGAAACUACUGAACAACCAGACCUCCCCUGUGUGAAGUGUGUCCUCAAUUACCCGUUGCAACAUUGUUGCGAACGGGUAAUUGAAUAGUAAGUAGCCGUCCUUUGUUCUCGGGGGUGGCCGCCAUUCGACAAACGAACACGUGGCGGCGGCCGUUUUAAAACUCCCGAACAGCGGUGUUUUGCCGUCAAGUGUCUGGAACUAAAAUCGGACACUCGAGUAGGCGAACACCGCUGAGACCUCCACAAACCUGGUCCGUUCGGUUCCAAACUACCGAAUGGCCCCUCGUUCGGUAGAUAGAAAAUACCGAACGAGGGGAUUCAGGCGAACCCUCCCUAGCCUCUAUAGCUAGAGGUUUUCGUGUAUUUUAUUCCCUUAUGCCAGGACCGACCGCAGGGCCCAUUCGCAUGGAACCUUAUUCGGCUAUAUCAGUUAGUGCGGUCGGUCAUUUUAUUCCCUCCAUACAUUUCCCAAACCCCUGGUCUGAUCUGGGUGAUUUUUGGAUAUGUUGUUCACCCAGAUCAGGGGUAUCCGGGGAUGUAGGAUUUAAAGAGGUACCCCUACGUUUAGGGGUACAUCCAGAAACGGGGGGAAUUGGUGUGCUGGAUAAGGGGAUUAUGAUGCUGGCUGAGGGGAGGACAUGUGUGGGAGGUUACCAGGACAGGAUUGGCUACUGUAAUAAUUACUGUAAAUCCCUCCCUUGCAUGGGAGCAUGCUUUAUAAGGAGACUGUGAUUAAAGGUUUGUCAGUUAUGCUCCUGAAACUGUGUGUCGUCCAGUUAUUGGGAUUGCUGUUGGGAUAUUGCUGUAUUUUACCUGCUGGAAGCCUUGCCUGUGGAUUUACUAUUUACUUGUUCCUGAGCCUCACUUGGAUUACAAGCGGAGAUAUCCUGGGUAAUAUUGCAUCUCCGCUACAUUGGUUGGCAGUGCUGGGAUCCAGACUCACAGAGGAACAAGCCUAAAUGGAGUACGGAUGGAGAUUGAUUUUGCCACACUAAAACGCUCCACGCUAAAAGACCUUCUGGAGGCAAGGGGUAUACAAGCCAGCAAUAAGACAAAAGCGGUACUCGUUACUGAACUGAUGGCGGAGUACCGAAUGGACGGCGAUUCGGUUCCCGAACAGGGGAAUUCGGGAGAGACACCGGAACAAAGGGAGUUCCAGAGGCAGGUACAAUUUCGGCUGUCUUUCUAUGGGGAACACCCUCCAACAGAGAUUGUGUCAAAAACGAUGACGGAGGUCCAGGAAUUUAUACUGAGGAGUCAAACUGCGGCCCCAGAACGCAGCUCUACAGUAAAUAUGCCACAGGAAGGUAAGCCUAAAAUACCGUACCAGGCUUUUAAAACAUAUGUGGAGGCAGAGGAAGAUAUAGAUGCUUUCCUGCAAGAUUUUGAGAGACUGUGUGCACUGCAUAGAAUCAGCGCAGAGGACUGGGUACCUAUUUUGGCAGGGAGGUUAACUGGGAGGGCAGCUGAGGCGUACCGUACUGUGCCUAAUGAAGAAAUACGGAAUUACAAUAAAGUGAAAGAAAUUAUAUUGGCCAGGUAUGCUAUAACACCAGAAGCAUACCGGCGGAGAUUCAGGGAUUUAAAGAAGGUAGAGAAAGACUCACACGCAGAGUGGGCAUGCAGACUACAACGAGCAGUCUUGGGGUGGGUGCAAGCGAGCAAGGCACGGUCUAUGGAGGAUGUAUUGCAAAUGGUACUGCUGGAGCAAUUUUAUGAAGGAGUAACCAGCGAGGUACAGGAGUGGGUAAGAGACAGAAACCCUACCUCCCUUACCGAAGCAGCCAGGAAGGCAGACGAGUACCUGGAUGCACGCAGGCAGCAAAAACCUGCAGCUCCAAAAGUACCUUUUAAAACCUUUGGGGGGAACAACUACACGCCAGCUCUACCAAGACCACUGCCACCACCCCCACCGCCCGCUGCACAGCCACGUUUCCGCCAGCCCACGUCGGGCCCGUGCCACCACUGCCAGAAAUGGGGACACUAUAAAAGGGAAUGCCCCCAGCUGCGGGACCGUUCCACCUGGAUUCGCCCCGGCCCACCACCACCACCGGAGAGCAGCCGCAGCCCACCACUACCAGGACAUCGUGGCCACACCGUAUGGUUCAGCAGUUCCCAUCACAACGGUAGAACAGUGGGAGGUACUGCACGAGGCGGAUCCAGUCCAGGCUAAUGCUGACAACCGCCAGCAUCACAGGCAGACCGUGUAUCUGGAGGGUAAAGCGGUUCAGGGGCUACGUGACUCAGGAGCCACCAUCACCCUGGUAAAAAGUCAUCUAGUCUCAGACCAGGCUAAACUAAAUAAGACUGUGGCCGUCAGGGUAGCCGGGGGAGCAGUAUACCGGCUACCUACAGCAAGGGUACAUUUGCAUUGGGGAGCGGGGGCAGGGCAUGUGGAGGUGGGGUUGAUGCCGCAGUUACCGGCGGAGGUUUUGUUGGGGAACGAUCUGGGGAGGCUCACAUCUGCUUUUGAGCCCCAGACACCCACCACAGGAGAAGCUCACCCUGUGGUUACGCGACAACAGGCCAGCACCCAGGACUACAACACACUCCCGGAGGUUCAGGUAAGAGAUCCUUCCCCUUCCCUUGACUGUGUGCCCUGGGCCCCUCCUAACGAAUUUGCAGCUGAAGUAGUGACUGACCCCACCUUGCAGGUGUAUAGGGACAAGGUGACAGCAGACACUCCUGGGGGGGAGGGCGAAAGGUUUAUUUGGGACAAACAGCUGCUAUAUCGGGAGACGGAUAAGAAGGUAUCCGGGUCAGACCCGAUUGCGAUGAGGCAGUUAGUGGUACCUCAGCGGUACCGGGCGGAGUUACUACGGAUAGCACAUGACAUUCCGCUAUCUGGACAUUUAGGGGUCAGCAGGACCCGAUACAGGUUAACCCAAAGUUUCUUUUGGCCGGGGAUUAGCCAGGAGGUGCGGAGAUAUUGCAACACGUGCGAUACCUGUCAAAGGGUGGGGAAAAGGGGGGACCGGCGCAAGGCCAAGUUACAUCCCCUUCCCAUAAUCGAGGAACCCUUUAGCAGGGUAGCAGUUGACCUAAUAGGACCCCUCAACAAAGCAAGCCCGUCAGGUAAAAGAUUUAUCCUGACAGUAGUAGAUUAUGCCACUAGAUAUCCAGAGGCGGUGGCCCUGACGAAUAUACAGGCGGAGACAGUAGCAGAAGCCCUGAUGAAGAUAUUCUCCCGGGUGGGACUCCCCAGGGAGAUUGUCUCCGAUCAGGGCACCCAAUUCACCGCCGAAGUCACGCAGCGCCUCUGGAAGUUUUGUGACAUUAAGCCGGUCAUUAGUUCCCCUUACCACCCCCAGACGAAUGGGCUCUGCGAACGUUUCAACGGUACAUUGAAACAAAUGCUCCGAACCUUCGCAGAGACCCACAAGGACUGGGAGAAGUUCCUGCCCCACCUCCUCUUUGCUUAUAGGGAGGUGCCGCAGGAAUCCACUGGGUUUUCCCCAUUUGAACUAUUGUUUGGCCGCAGGGUACGAGGGCCUUUAGAUUUGAUCAGAGAGCAUUGGGAGGGAGAACGGAGCACUGACGGUACCCCCAUCAUACCAUAUGUGUUGGCAUUCCGAGACCGCCUUGAGGCCUUAACUCAGACGGUACGCGAGAAUUUGCAGGCGGCUCAGACACGCCAGCGCACAUGGUAUGAUCGGGGCGCCAGGGACCGUAGCUUUCAGGUCAGGCAGAAGGUGUUGAUCUUAAAACCCGUCCGACACGAUAAGCUGCAGGCCGCCUGGCAGGGCCCUUAUAAGGUGGUAGAACAACGGUGUGACACCACUUAUAUAAUCGGCUCGUGCGUUGGUACUGGGGGGCGACGCAUGCUCCAUGUAAACAUGAUGAAGCCCUACCAGGAGCGCUCUGAGGAAGUGACCGCUAUAUGUGCGCCUAACUCCGAGGAGUUUGACAGUUUACCUCUCCCGGAUCUGCUGGGAGAGGGUCAGUUAUCCGGGGACUUAGGGGAAGUCACCCUGGGGGAUCGGUUGAGCCCACAGGAGCGGAGCGAGGUACAACAGCUGUUGAGGGAGAAGCAGGAUAUCUUCUCUAAUGUACCUGGUUACACUCCUCUGGCCACUCACAGAGUAGACACCCCAGGGCAACUUCCCAUGCGUCAGACCCCGUACCGCAUCCCAGAAGCGGUACGGGCGAACAUGCGCAAGGAGAUCGAUGAGAUGCUCCAGCUGGGGGUGAUUGAGCCCUCCGACAGCCCCUGGGCAUCUCCGGUAGUACUAGUACCAAAGCGGGACGGCACGACCCGGUUUUGUGUAGACUACCGGAGAUUAAAUGAGAAGACGGUAUCUGACGCCUACCCCAUGCCCAGGAUAGACGAACUCCUGGAUCGGAUGGCGAGGGGGCACUAUCUCACCACGAUUGACUUGUGCAAAGGGUAUUGGCAAAUACCCUUGGCGCAAGACGCCAUCCCUAAGUCGGCCUUUGUCACCCCAUUCGGCUUGUACCAAUUUAAGGUCAUGCCGUUUGGGAUGAAAAACGCCCCGGCUACUUUCCAGCGGAUGGUGGACCGCCUCCUGGAUGGGUUCCAGGAGUAUACCUGCGCAUACCUGAUGAUAUUGCCAUUUUCAGCAAUACCUGGCAGGAACACCUGACCCAUAUAGGAGCGGUCCUAGACAGGAUUAGGGCCGCUGGUUUAACACUGAAACCAGCCAAAUGCAGCAUAGGUAUGGCUGAGGUACAGUACCUAGGUCAUCGGGUAGGAUGCGGCAAGCAAAAGCCGGAACCAGCCAAAGUAGAGGCUGUAGCUCAAUGGCCUACCCCUAGGACUAAGACUCAGGUGUUAGCGUUCCUAGGAACGGCCGGAUACUACCGGAAAUUUGUCCCGAAUUACAGUGCCCUGGCCAAACCUCUCACCGACUUGACCCGUAAAAACCUACCCCGCCAAGUAACCUGGACCCCGGAGUGUGAACAGGCAUUUCAGUUGUUGAAAGAUGCAUUGACAAAUGCCCCUGUCUUGGCAGCUCCCAAUCCAACUAAACGUUUUCUUGUCCACACAGACGCUUCUAUGUUUGGAUUGGGAGCAGUAUUGAGCCAAGUCGGGGCCGAUGGCGGAGAACAUCCCGUGGCUUACAUCAGCCGGAAACUGUUACCUCGAGAAGUAAGCUACGCCGCCAUCGAGAAAGAAUGCCUGGCUGUGGUGUGGGCCCUGAAGAAAUUACAGCCAUAUUUGUACGGACAAGCUUUUUCCCUGCUCACGGAUCACAACCCGUUAGUAUGGCUAAACCGGGUGGCUGGGGACAAUGCCCGGCUGCUGCGCUGGAGUCUGGCGCUGCAGCCCUUUGACUUUAAUAUCCAGUACCGCCCGGGUAAACAGAAUGGAAAUGCUGAUGGGUUGUCUCGACAAACUGACCUAGAGAAAUGAUCCGUGAGCCUCCCCGGACAUCCCCAAGCCGAUCCGUGUUGGAUCAGACUGUGUAUGCCGGCUUGUGGGCAAGGGGGAGCAGUGUAGCGGAUGGCACCAGGCGACCCUACAAAUAUACUGUAUAACCUGCAUUCGUGUAUCUGCUGUAUUUUCUAUGUAUUAAAAAGAAUUGUAUUCCUCUGAUUGUUCGGUAGUUUCAUUCCCUUAGUUUAUUCGAAUGAAACUACCGAACAACCAGACCUCCCCUGUGUGAAGUGUGUCCUCAAUUACCCGUUGCAACAUUGUUGCGAACGGGUAAUUAGUAAGUAGCCGUCCUUUGUUCUCGGGGGUGGCCGCCAUUCGACAAACGAACACGUGGCGGCGGCCAUUUUAAAACUCCCGAACAGCGGUGUUUUGCCGUCGAGUGUCUGGAACUAAAAUCGGACACUCGAGUAGGCGAACACCGCUGAGACCUCCACAGCCCUGGUCCGUUCGGUUCCAAACUACCGAACGGCCCCUCGUUCGGUAGAUAGAAAAUACCGAACGAGGGGAUUCAGGCGAACCCUCCCUAGCCUCUAUAGCUAGAGGCUUUCGUGUAUUUUAUUCCCUUAUGCCAGGACCGACCGCAGGGCCCAUUCGCAUGGAACCUUAUUCGGCUAUAUCAGUUAGUGCGGUCGGUCAUUUUAUUCCCUCCAUACAUUUCCCGAACCCCUGGUCUGAUCUGGGUGAUUUUUGGAUAUGUUGUUCACCCAGAUCAGGGGUAUCCAGGGAUGUAGGAUUUAAAGAGGUACCCCUACGUUUAGGGGUACAUCCAGAAACGGGGGGAAUUGGUGUGCUGGAUAAGGGGAUUAUGAUGCUGGCUGAGGGGAGGAGAUGUGUGGGAGGUUACCAGGACAGGAUUGGCUACUGUAAUAAUUACUGUAAAUCCCUCCCUUGCAUGGGAGCAUGCUUUAUAAGGAGACUGUGAUUAAAGGCUUGUCAGUUAUGCUCCUGAAACUGUGUGUCGUCCAGUUAUUGGGAUUGCUGUUGGGAUAUUGCUGUAUUUUACCUGCUGGAAGCCUUGCCUGUGGAUUUACUAUUUACUUGUUCCUGAGCCUCACUUGGAUUACAAGCGGAGAUAUCCUGGGUAAUAUUGCAUCUCCGCUACACUAAACUUUGCGGUUAUCUCCUAUACCAUCUGUUCUGAUUAUGGUAAUCUCCUAUACUGUCUGUUCUGAUUGCGGUAUUCUCCUAUACCGUCUGUUCUGAUUGCGGUAAUCUCCUAUACCGUCUGUUCUGAUUGCAGUAAUCUCCUAUACCGUCUGUUCUGAUUGCGGCAAUCUCCUAUACCGUCUGUUCUGAUUGCGGUAAUCUCCUAUACCGUCUGUGCUGAUUGCGAUAUUCUCCUAUACCGUCUGUUCUGAUUGCAGCAAUCUCCUAUACUGUCUGUGCUGAUUGCGGUAAUGUCCUAUACCGUCUGUUCUGAUUGCGGUAAUCUCCUAUACCGUCUGUUCUGAUUGCGGUACUCUCCUAUACUGUCUGUUCUGAUUGCGGUAAUCCCCUAUACCGUCUGUUCUGAUUGCGGUAAUCUCCUAUACCGUCUGUUCUGAUUGCGGUAAUCUCCUAUACUGUCUACCGUCUGUUCUGAUUGCGGUUAUCUCCUAUACCGUCUGUUCUGAUUGCGGUUAUCUCCUAUACCGUCUGUUCUGAUUGCGGUAAUCUCCUAUACCGUCUGUUCUGAUUGCGGUAAUCUCCUAUACCGUCUGUUCUGAUUGCGGUAAUCUCCUAUACCGUCUGUUCUGAUUGCGGUAUUCUCCUAUACCGUCUGUUCUGAUUGCGGUAAUCUCCUAUACCGUCUGUUCUGAUUGCGGUAAUCUCCUAUACCGUCUGUUCUGAUUGCGGUAUUCUCCUAUACCGUCUGUUCUGAUUGCGGUUGUCUAGGUAUACCGUCUGUGCUGAUUGCGGUUAUCUCUAUACCCGUCUGUGCUGAUUCGCGGUAAUCUCCUAUACCGUCUGUUCUGAUUCGGUAUCCUCCUGAACCGUCUGUGCUGAUUCGCGGUAAUCUAGGUAUACCCCGUCUGUGCUGAUUGCGGUUAUCUCCUAUACCGUCUGUGCUGAUUGCGGUAAUCUCCUAUACCGUCUGUUCUGAUUGCGGUAAUCUCCUAGACCGUCUGUGCUAAUUGCGGUAAUCUCCUAUACCGUCUGUUCUGAUUGCGGUAAUCUCCUAUACCGUCUGUUCUGAUUGCGGUAAUCUCCUAUACCGUCCGUUCUGAUUGCGGUAAUAUCGUAUACCGUCCGUGCUGAUUGCGGUAAUCUCCUAGACCGUCCGUGCUGAUUGCGGUUAUCUCCUAUACUGUCUGUUCUGAUUGCGGUAAUCUCCUAUACCGUCCGUUCUGAUUGCGGUAAUCUCCUAUACCGUCUGUUCUGAUUGCGGUAAUCUCGUAUACCGUCUGUGCUGAUUGCGGUUAUCUCCUAUACCGUCUGUGCUGAUUGCGGUAAUCUCCUAUACCGUCUGUUCUGAUUGCGGUAAUCUCCUAGACCGUCUGUGCUGAUUGCGGUAAUCUCGUAUACCGUCUGUGCUUUGAUUCUUGUUGAUUUGCUCCUAUACGUCUGUGCUUUGAUUCGGUAUCUCUAGACCGUCUGUGCUGAUUCUUGUUAAUCUCUAUACCGUCUGUUCUGAUUGCGGUAAUCUCCUAUACCGUCUGUUCUGAUUGCGGUAAUCUCCUAUACCGUCUGUUCUGAUUGCGGUAUUCUCCUAUACCGUCUGUUCUGAUUGCGGUAAUCUCCUAUACCGUCUGUUCUGAUUGCGGUAAUCUCCUAUACCGUCUGUUCUGAUUGCGGUAAUCUCCUAGACCGUCUGUGCUGAUUGCGGUUAUCUCCUAUACCGUCUGUGCUGAUUGCGGUAAUCUCCUAUACCGUCUGUUCUGAUUGCGGUUAUCUCCUAUACCGUCUGUUCUGAUUGCGGUAAUCUCCUAUACCGUCUGUUCUGAUCGUGGUAAUCUCCUAUACCGUCUGUUCUGAUUGCGGUAAUCUCCUAUACCGUCUGUUCUGAUUGCGGUAAUCCCCUAUACCGUCUGUUCUGAUCGUGGUAAUCUCCUAUACCGUCUGUUCUGAUUGCGGUAAUCUCCUAUACCGUCUGUUCUGAUUGCGGUAAUCUCCUAUACCGUCUGUUCUGAUUGCGGUUAUCUCCUAGACCGUCUGUUCUGAUUGCGGUAAUCUCCUAUACCGUCUGUUCUGAUUGCGGUAAUCCCGUAUAUAUGAAGUUUACACAGUGAGGGCCAGUCAGAGUAACAUGCUGCCCAUUUACAGAUAUUUUGAUGUGACCAUAAAACAUGGUGGAUUUGGUAACCAUGGUUACAGCCAGACAGGUUUCUGGGCCUCAGUGACCUGAGACACUGUCUGACUAACACCCCCACAACUCCCAGCCAGGCUGAGGGCAGUGUUGGAGAGCUCUGACAGGAAGGCAGGCAGAGGCUCCCAUAACAGACACUCUCAGUCAGUGACGUCACGGCCAAACUGCCGAGCGCUACACGCUAGAGACUAAUUCACCAGGUACCAUUAAACUCAUCGGAGUAGCAUUAAACGAGCUGCAGAUCUAUACCAGCCUCGGAAUGUAUUUGCUAGCCGGUGUUUAAUGUGAUUUUAAUGCAAUCUGACAGCUCUGAGUAAUGGUUAUCGGCGGCCGCCAUUUUCUCGGAGACCAAACCUGCGUGUUAUGGACUCCGGCAACAUGUCUCCAGGAACACGGUAGCACUGUUGCCAUUGCCUUCUCUCUCUAGUGUUUGGGACUCAGCGCAGGCUCUCUGCGGUUAGGUGAAACCAAACGUGAUAGCGAACGGGGGGAGGCAGUUUUAUAUUUGUUGGAUGGAAUAAGUCCUGUGCCGGUAUUAUAUGAUUAAACCCUCACAGAUAUGACAGGUUUCUGCAGACAUUCCGCCUGACACAGUGUCCCCCGCCUGGCUCGCUGUGGGAGCUCCCCCCCCCCAUGUCUCUCGGUGACAUGGUACGGUCCGGCCGGUAGCUCAGCUGGGGCUCCGGGGGAUCGGGGGCUCUAAAGACAUGGCAGGGCACGGGGAUGGGCCCCUGGGGGCCACAGAGCUAUACUAUGCAGUGAUGAAGGAGAAGCUGCAGUGGGUGAGUGGACAAUCACUGGGAUUCCUGCUACAAUGGACUACAUCUCCCAUCAUGCACAGCCACAGGUUACUCCAUUACUGUGAUACUGUCAUCAUCAGCCCCUGCUACUAGCCUGGCUGGGCAUCAUGGGAGUUGUAGUGCUCAGCAGCUGGUGUGCCAUAGUGUAUCCCUUUUCUGUAAUACCUGCUUCUAGCCUGGCUGGGCAUCAUGGGAGUUGUAGUGCUCAGCAGCUGGUGUUCCAUAGUGUAUCCCUUUACUGUAAUACAUGCUUCUAGCCUGGCUGGGCAUCGUGGGAGUUGUAGUCCUCAGCAGCUGGUGUGCCAUAGUGUAUCCCUUUUCUGUAAUACCUGCUUCUAGCCUGGCUGGGCAUCAUGGGAGUUGUAGUCCUCAGCAGCUGGUGUGCCAUAGUGUAUCCCUUUUCUGUAAUACCUGCUUCUAGCCUGGCUGGGCAUCAUGGGAGUUGUAGUCCUCAGCAGCUGGUGUGCCAUAGUGUAUCCCUUUUCUGUAAUACCUGCUUCUAGCCUGGCUGGGCAUCGUGGGAGUUGUAGUGCUCAGCAGCUGGUGUGCCAUAGUGUAUCCCUUUACUGUAAUACCUGCUUCUAGCCUGGCUGGGCAUCGUGGGAGUUGUAGUGCUCAGCAGCUGGUGUGCCAUAGUGUAUUCCUUUUCUGUAAUACCUGCUUCUAGCCUGGCUGGGCAUCGUGGGAGUUGUAGUCCUCAGCAGCUGGUGUGCCAUAGUGUAUCCCUUUUCUGUAAUACCUGCUUCUAGCCUGGCUGGGCAUCGUGGGAGUUGUAGUCCUCAGCAGCUGGUGUGCCAUAGUGUAUCCCUUUUCUGUAAUACCUGCUUCUAGCCUGGCUGGGCAUCAUGGGAGUUGUAGUCCUCAGCAGCUGGUGUGCCAUAGUGUAUCCCUUUUCUGUAAUACCUGCUUCUAGCCUGGCUGGGCAUCGUGGGAGUUGUAGUGCUCAGCAGCUGGUGUGCCAUAGUGUAUCCCUUUACUGUAAUACCUGCUUCUAGCCUGGCUGGGCAUCGUGGGAGUUGUAGUGCUCAGCAGCUGGUGUGCCAUAGUGUAUUCCUUUACUGCAAUACCUGCUUCUAGCCUGGCUGGGCAUCGUGGGAGUUGUAGUCCUCAGCAGCUGGUGUGCCAUAGUGUAUCCCUUUUCUGUAAUACCUGCUUCUAGCCUGGCUGGGCAUCAUGGGAGUUGUAGUCCUCAGCAGCUGGUGUGCCAUAGUGUAUCCCUUUUCUGUAAUACCUGCUUCUAGCCUGGCUGGGCAUCAUGGGAGUUGUAGUGCUCAGCAGCUGGUGUGCCAUAGUGUAUCCCUUUACUGUAAUACCUGCUUCUAGCCUGGCUGGGCAUCGUGGGAGUUGUAGUGCUCAGCAGCUGGUGUGCCAUAGUGUAUUCCUUUACUGCAAUACCUGCUUCUAGCCUGGCUGGGCAUCAUGGGAGUUGUAGUCCUCAGCAGCUGGUGUGCCAUAGUGUAUCCCUUUUCUGUAAUACCUGCUUCUAGCCUGGCUGGGCAUCGUGGGAGUUGUAGUGCUCAGCAGCUGGUGUGCCAUAGUGUAUCCCUUUCUGUAAUACCUGCUUCUAGCCUGGCUGGGCAUCGUGGGAGUUGUAGUGCUCAGCAGCUGGUGUGCCAUAGUGUAUUCCUUUACUGUAAUACCUGCUUCUAGCCUGGCUGGGCAUCGUGGGAGUUGUAGUGCUCAGCAGCUGGUGUGCCAUAGUGUAUUCCUUUACUGCAAUACCUGCUUCUAGCCUGGCUGGGCAUCGUGGGAGUUGUAGUCCUCAGCAGCUGGUGUGCCAUAGUGUAUCCCUUUUCUGUAAUACCUGCUUCUAGCCUGGCUGGGCAUCAUGGGAGUUGUAGUCCUCAGCAGCUGGUGUGCCAUAGUGUAUUCCUUUACUGUAAUACCUGCUUUUAGGCUGGCUGGGCAUCAUGGGAGUUGUAGUCCAAAACAGUUGGUGUUUGCCCAUCCCUGCCAUAUUUACCAACAUUAUCUGUCAUUGUGUGCAGCCAGGACCUGGGUCACUUGGUCAGAUCUGGGCUGCUGGCUAUUUAGCAAUUGGCCCCUACAGUGGGUUCAGUUAUAUGUGUUUAUAUAUUAUUGAUACAGUUUGUUAUCUAAAGGGUUUAAAGGAAACUCACCGCUGUAUCUCCUAUAAGUUAAUAAUAAUAUUAACUAGUAUUUGUAUAGCACCUUUCUCCCAGUGGGACUCAAAGCGUUUUUCAGCACACGCUCUCAUAAUUAACCAAAUCGGCAGCUGAAUAGUACUAGAUGUUAUUAUUGUUGGCCCUGGACACUGUCUUAAAGGAACAUUACAGGCACCAUACCCACUACUGUGCAUUGUAGAGGCUAUGAGGGGUGCACCUUCCAUUGUAACGAGUCAAAACAUUUUAGAAUGGCUUCAGUACCCGGCCCCCUCAGAAUCUCAGAGAAAGAGGAAAGACUGGAUGGGGUGCGGAAAGCAUCUUAGGUGUUAAACCUUUCAAAAACGGUGCCCAGCGGGACUGCAUUCUGUCUGUCUGUCUGUCUGUCUGUCUGUCUAAAUGUCUUACAGCAGAAAUAAGCGAUGAAAUGACAGCAUACAUUUUUCUUGAUUUCCUAGUAGCUAAAGGUUAGCGUGGCUUGUAGUUAAUAACGCAGCGUUACCUAUUUAUUACCUGUGACCUUGAGGAAGACCCGAACGGGUCGAAAUGUCGAUCAGAUGGAUGUUAAUUAUUUGAUGAAUUAAAAUUCCAGUUUAUUUUACAAGGACCACAGAGUACAUCUCUACUUUCAGAGUGCAUGUCUACUUUCACAUAAUAUAUAUAUAUAUAUAUAUAUAUAUAUAUAUAUAUAUAUAUAUAUAUAUAUAUAUAUAUAUAUAUAUAUAUAUAUAUAUAUAUAUAUAUAUUUUUUUUUUUUUUAUUAUUUAAUGAAGAAGAAAAACCCAGAGAAAUUGUGAAAUUUUAAAUGAACAAUCUAAUCCAAAUGAAAUAUUUCUAAAAUACAAUUUGUGUUUUCGUAGGUUGUCUCUUCUCUCCCGGAUGAUCUCCAGCCUGGCUCGGAUUUCUAUGGCUGCUCCUGGGAAGUGGUGAUCUCUACGGCCGUGCUGGGAUUUCUUUCACUGUUAAUGUUUACAUGCAGAACCGUGCGCUCUGUAAGUAACGAUAAGGUGUACGUGUGCCUACGUUCUUUAUGGCAUGUGUAAAGACUUGGUCCUGCCUUUCUUCCUCCGCGUUUUACCUUGUAGGGAGUCACGGCCAGUGACCGUACAUCACGUAUGUCAGUGUAUCAAAAUGGAGAGGAUGUGAAGCUCCCAAUAACAAUCUAUUAAAGAGGAAAUGUUCAUUUCCUCCAUCCUUUUCUUCAGAAAUUGCUAUUGCACACUUACAUGGGGUGAGGUAUGUUUAAACACUUACCUUCACUGUUGGAAAGUGCACAUAGGGCAUGUUCUCCCAUGAGUUCCUGGAUGUUUGGACGUAGCUGGGAAUCAUGGGACAUUUUAAAUUGGCAUUGGAUGCCAGGCACAGCUUUACAUUCAAUACAAAUUCAGAUUAAUACAAGUGUUUUGUGUGCACACAGUAGAGGGUGGAUUUAAAAGCCCAUAUGAUGUUAAUGCAUUAUAAAUGUGGCGUUGGCUGCAGCUAUUGUAGACUAACUUCUCAUGUUCCUCGGCCAUCCUUUAUCUGGUAAAGAUUAGCCAUUCCUGGCAGAGCACGUUCUCUCCUCUUUAUUUAAGCUGUUAUGGGUAACGUCUCUUUGAUGUGCAGGAAAUCCUGUUCAGCCUCCCCGCACUUUUGCAAGUUUUGUUGAUUGUAUUACAGCUGAUCUGUUUAAAGAAGUGGCGGUGACGAUGAAGAGGGAAAUAAAUUCAAUACUUUUAAUGUCACAGCUCUUAUUGACUUUUAAUUCUAGAUUUGUCUUUUUAUUUUCUGUAUGUUAUUAAUGUUUCUAUAAGUAAACACAACUCCAUUAAUGCUUGUUCGUUUAAGUCUGUAAGUGCUACAAAGCUUGUGUUGAUAAGGUCUUGGUAGAUAAGAGUUAUAAAAAAAUAUAUAUAUAUAUAUAUUCUUCAAACUGAGCUCAGAAGGAAGCAGCCACAGCUGGAUAAGUGCAGUGUCGGAAGGAGGGCAUCUCCCCUCUCCCCCCCCCCAGGGAUAUCACACUACAUAUGCUGCUGGCAGUAACGUUGGAGUGGGAGAGAUAUGACAAGGGGAUAGAAGAUUUUAGGAUGACGGUGAAAGGAGUACCACAGACAUGACAUGGUUCAUAUAACUGGCCUCUGUAUCCAGAUAAAGUGUUAUACUGCGUAACGUGGGGUUUAAGGAAUCAUGUUAAUGUUUAAUAAAAUAUUAUUAUCUUGGUGUUUGUUUUGUUUAAAAGCAAGGUGAUAUAUCCAUUUUUAUUCUUCUUUAUGUUGCCAUCUAACCGUUUUCUUAUAUUUUUUUUUCCAGGUUAAAAGCAGAUGCUAUUACAGUAAGUCUACUCUGAUUCAUGCCCCCUUCUGGUCUUAAACUAGUGACUGCAGACUUUGUCGCUAUUUUCUACCGUUUCCUGAUUCCGUAAUUCUCCAUCAGUCUAGGGGCUUUAGUGCCUCCUCACCAGAAGGGACCUUCUUACUGCUGGGAGUUGUAUGUGAAAUAAUUAGCUCAAGAUAAAAAAAACAAAACAAAAAACACCAGUGGAACAAAUAUAAGAAACUAGAAUGGCCAUCUAGGAUCUAAGUGUAUAGUGUCCAGGUCACAACGCCCUGAUAUUGAGAUGUGCAAAGUGGGGAUUUAACCUGCGUGUUCGAGAGACCGCAUGGAGAUUAAAGAAACAUCCCCAGACUGUGCCCAUGAACGCAGGCAUUCUGGUUGGCUAUUUGAGUUAAUGUAGUGGAGGGAUACAUUCAUGGCAGCCUGCCCUCUUAUUAAAGGCACAAUAUUAACACAUUAUAGUAUAAAGGGGAAUUGUUUGACUACUCAGAGAUUAGGUCAAACUGUUAUGUUUGUUUAAUAUUUCUAUCACAAUGUAUCCUGGUGCUAUAUGUUGGUGGAAGCUGCCAUCUUAUGCUGUGUGUGCCCAUGCCAACCGGUUUGUAGGAUACUGACUGGCAUAAAAGGGGAGUGUCGGACCAGAUCCCUCAAAAUGGCCGGGCUCAGGUUUUCGGUUUGUUUGGCAGAAGUAGAUUUUUUUUUUUCUUUCCCCCACUGACCUGCAUUACAUAUUACACACCAGGAAACAAUAGAAUUGUGUCUGCUGAGAACAUGUUACAAACUCCAUUACAUCAGUUCUCCUUUUUACAGCUGCAGAAGUUCAGGACUUUCACCUUGUAGCAUUUCAAGGCCUAACUGUGGCUUUUUGACGGCCUUGUAAAGUUAUUUUAUUGGCACAUUUAACCCUUUCUAUAUAUUUUCAUAUUUAGACCUCGCACAGGGACAUCGUGUCUCAGAGUUAUUCACUGGUGUGUGAAUAGUUUGGAAUUCAAAGUGAACUUCACAUUUUCGAUUUAAAUAGCUGAAUUUGGCAAAUUUCUUCCAAUCCAUAUUUGGUUCGUUUUCUGUUUGCUAUUCAUUGUUGUGUAACAUUUAUGGUGUCUUUUUUUAUUUUAAUUUACCUCAUUUUAAGGUUGAUUUAACAAUACAAGGUUUUUCACAUAGGGUGGUUGGGGGGAAUGAAAUCUUUGUCUUUUUAUGCCGUGAAGUUGUGUGUUGAGAUGUGCUUGGAUAAAUAUGUGUCUUAGAAAAUGUUGGUCAUCAGGUAUCAAGGUGAGGAGAGGGUGUUCUGGGGAGUUUUAUUUUCUCCCUGUUAAUUAGACUUGAUUCCCAGAGCUUCCAGGCUUCUCUCCAGAACUUUUUGGGGGGUCUAGCUAGUCUAGCCAUAAUUUCGUAUGUCUUAGUGUUUUGUAUCGUUUGGAUGCAUAGGUUUAUGUCUGGAGAGGCCUUGGAGAGCCAGGCCCUGCUGAUUGUAGACAGAGCUGCUGCUAUGAUGUGAUAAGAGAGGUAUUUUGCAGCUUUUGUUAUGUCUUUUGGGAGGAGUUGUAAUAAGUAGGUCUCCGGGCGUAAUGGUAUUGUUACACCUGCUGAAUCCUUUAUUAGUUUCCCAGAACUGAUUCUCAAGCACGUCCACCAUAUGUGGUACAUAGUACCUGGUGCUGAUUUACACCUCCAGCACAGAUCUGAUUUGUCAGAGUUCAUGUGUUUGAGCCGUGUGGGCACCAUAUACCAUCGGUAGAGGAUCUUUCUGGUUCGUUCUAUAUGUGAAGUACAUAGGGUAAGUGUCUUGUUUGCUAGAUAGAUUUUGGACCACUGUGUUUGGUCCAAUGUCUUUUUGAAGUCUGACUCCCAUGCUUUAACAAAAGAGGGUUUCCCGGUGUGAGGUUGUCUUGUAAUGAGUGCAUAUAGUGAUGAAAUGAUUUUAGUGGGGGUCUUUUGUUGAGUACAAAGUUUAAUUUGUAUUUAAUUUGUGGUGUUUGGGGAUUUGUCGUCUUGUCUGUUUCGGUAGUCGUCAUGGACAUUUGCUUUAUGAGCCAAGAUUUUAUUUGGAGGUAGGAAAGGAAGGCAGAUUUGGACAAUCCAAAUGUAGUUUGGAGGUAUAGGAAUGAGUGUAUAUUUCGGCCAUCUAACAGCUGUUGUACCCGGGUGAUCCCGCAUGCGGUCCAUAUUACCGCAGAGAAGGUGGGGAGAAGGGUCGCGACUGCAGUUAGGGGGGUUACCGGUGAUAUAGAGAUCCCCUCUCGGGGCUUUAUUUGGUGUAUGUCCCACAUAGAGAGGGUUAAGGAUGUGGUAGGUAGCAUGUGGUUGUAUUUGGGUCAGAGGUGGUGUGGGAGCCACAUAAGUUCUGUGAUUGCGUUGUUGUCCGUGUAUGCGGCCUCUAUAUCAAGCCAGGUCGGCUGGGUUUUAAGAUGAUGUGCAGAGAUUAAUGGGCUUAGUUGUGAUGCUAUGUUGGGUACACCUAAACCUCCAUCCUUGCAUAAUCUGUGGAGAAUUGUAGCUGCUACUCUAGGUUUCUUGUAGUUCCAAAUGUAGUCACUGAAAGUUUUUUGUAUGUUUUUCAGAUAAAUUGGUGGAAGCGCGAUGGGUAAAGUGCGGAACAAAUACUGUAAUUUGGGAAGGAGAAUCAUUUUUAUGGCCGCCAUGCGGCCUAGCCAGGAUAUAUAUUUUCCUUUCCAGGUGAAUAAUCGCUGUUUGAUUCCUUUGGCUAUCACGUCAUAAUUGGCUUGGAAAAGGAGUUGGGGAUUGGUUGGGAAGUCUAUACCUAGAAAUGUGAGACUAUUAUUGUCUUAUUGGUACGCGUAGUUAGCUUUCAAAGUGCAAAGUGUCUUGUCUGGCAGGAAGAGGUGCAUUGCUUUUGUCUUGGUUAUGUUCAAUUUAUAAUAGGAGCAGGCGCUGUAUACUAAUGUGUGGGUUUGUAAAUGAUAGCAUUAUGUCGUCUGAAAACAUCGUGAUCUUAUGUUCGGUUCUUCCCACUCUAAUUCCCUGUACAUGUGGAUCAUUUCGUAUGAGGUGUGCCACAGGCAGGGGGCAUCCCUGUCUGGUUCCAUUUGUGAUUGGGAACUCUAUGGAUUGAAAACCACUGUUUGCUACUCUGGCACUCGGGGUGGAGUACAAUGCUGAUACUAGGGACAUGAAUCUCGGGGGAAAAUUAGUCCCUGCAAGUUGGGCUUUUUUUUUUUAAAUUCCCAUUCCCGUCAUUACUCCCUCCCCUGAAUUUUACUGAGCCCCGGGCCGCAUACUCCUAUCCGGCUCCCCCCCUCAUGCAGGGAGACGGGCAGGCCGAGACGCCCAGGACCCGACUCACUGCCCCUAGUGUUAAAUUAUCACUCAUAUCAUGUGUUGGUGGAGAGCGUUCUUAGCUAAUGAGUUCAUGAGGGCUCGGGGGCCUAGGUGACAUGAGAUGGUGCUGUGAGCCAUCAGGCUCAGAAUACUUGCGGGUUUUCUCCCCAGGUCAGCGGCUGGUUUUAGCGUUUGGUGGGUGACUUCAUCCACUCUAGUCGGAGUCUUCUUGCUCUUGUAUUGUCCGUUUGUGUAUUUUCUUGCUUGUUGAUGCGUGUUGAUGGACCGUGGGGAAGUCUUCAUGCGGCUUGCUUUUAUUCCUGCUUUCACUGAGGAUGUGCUCUUUAAUGUGAAAAUAAUGUAUGCGGAUGAGCAUGUCUCUUGGUGUAGUGUCCGGUAAGUAGCGUGGACGUGGGACCCGGUGUGCUCGAUCUACUAGGAGCAUAUCAUCAGGUGGUACCGAAGCAGUCCUCUGACAUAGGCUGGUAGUUCCGCUUGUGUCACCGACUCUGGCACUCCUCUCAGCUGGAGAUUGUUUCUCCUCGACCGAUCUUUCAGAUCGGCUAGCUUAUGUUCUAUGAGUGAUUUCUUGUCUGCCAUAUUUUCCACAUGGUCCACCAGGUCGUUGUGAGCCGUUGCAAAGUCAUCCAUUUUGGAUUCCAUGUGUGCUGUCCUGCAGCCUAGUUCUUGGACGUCCUUGUGGGGGGAGUUCAUUGAGUGUUGCCAAGCGGUAAUUAGCUUGUGCGAUAGAGCAUCUAUUGCUUUUGUGAGGUGGCUUGGAGUGAGUGUGUCUUCCUUGCCCGAGGUGGUCGGUGAGAGAUCUCCAUUGUCUGUGUCCUCACCGCCAUCUUGGCUGGGCGCCUGACAUUCACUCACGGCCUGAUUUGAUUUUUGGCCAAAGAAAUUAAGUUUUUCCGCUUUGGAGGCAUUCUUUCUUGCUUUGGGCUGCGACAUCUUGAUGUCUUAUGCUUUUCCCGUUUUCUGUGUGCUAGGAUGGCGUCGGAUUUUUAGCCCAGAUUCCGAAGCUCAGGAUUAUGCAUCCAUCUCGUCCGGCGGUUAGCCACGCCCCCCUACGGUGUCUUUAUAAGUUUCCCGAAUGAUUGCGGUCAGUUUGAAUUCAUGUUGUAUUUUGCCUUCUAGGUAGAGAACACAAACUUGGCGAUAAGAUUGUGGAGGCGCUGAAAGAGAAAAGUGAGGUGUUAGAGAAACUCAGCGUUGUUCAGAAACAGGUAACACAACAAGUUAUUUUGUUUGUUUGUUUGUUUUUGGUUGUAGUAUCUGAGAAUUAUCCAAGUGACACAGUGACACCGUGACACGGGGCAUUUAUUGCCUCCAUAGUGUGUGUGUUGGUUUGUUUUUAGUUAUAGUUGGUUUGCUUAAUUGUUGGCUGAACUUCACUAGUUAGCUAAAUGAAUAUUCUCUAACCGUAUAAGGUGAAAAUUGUCGGAAUUUCAAAUUUAAGGUUAAAUUAAACUAUGCUUCUAGUUUGGUUUACAUUGGCCUUAAAUUUGCAUUGAAACCCCUGACAAUUCUCACUUUUUAGUGAAUAACUCUGUGACUGUUUAAAGGGACACUGUAGGCACCCAGACCACUUCAGCUCAUUGAAGUGGUCUGGGUGCCAACUCCCACCACCCUUAAUUAUUGCAGUUUUUAUAACCUGCAAUAAUUACCUUGCAGGGUAAGUCCUCCUCUAGUGGCUGUCUACCAGACAACCACUAGAGGGACUUCCGGGUUCUUAGAUGACUUUUGGUUGUCUAAAUGACGCUGGAUGUCCACACGCUAUGCGCAUUAGGUCUCCACUGCUGGUGGACGUCGGCUGGGGAAGAGCGUUGGCGGAGUCUGACCCAGCGCCGAGGGACAUUUGCGCUGGAUUUAGCUAAGCGUUUUAACCCCUUCAGCGAUGUGGGAUGGGGGGCAGGAGGGAGUAGGGCACUCCAGGAUUCUCUAUAGGAUCCCUUUAACCUGAUGGAAGUCUCUUAUUAAAAUCAAUAGAGGACACAGGGUAAUUGUAUUAACUAAAAAGAACCAUUUGGUUUGACAGAAGACAUGAUACAAAUCAAGCUUCCUAACUUUUUAGAGUAAGUUCGUAUAUUUGGAUUUAGUUCUGGAGUGCGUUUAUUUGAGUAUUUUGGAUCUGCGAGUCAUUAUUGCAUACAGAUGGUACAGGAAGUAGUUUGCUCCAUAAUGGCAUGGAACUUACUGGGUGCAUAUCUUUACCAAUAUUCUAACCAUUUUCUGUCUGUCAAUCCCUUGUAGUAUGAGGAGAUCCAGGAAUCUUUACAAGACUCAAGCCAACAAAAGUUAAUCGCCGAGAUAUCUGAUCAAAAGGUAAAGUUUUAUUUCACACGACCAUUCUCCACAAUUCUCAAUUUACUAAAUAAAAUAGUUGGUUUUAAGGGACGCUCUGCCUGUAAUGUGUCAAACAGUAACUGUCUUAUAGAGCGUAUUUGUACAAAUCUAGUUUCGAACAAUAUUUAUUUGUAAUAACCCUGAAUAACGGAGUCCACAUUUAUCAUGUUCAGGUAUUGGUGGAAACGCUUCAGGAUUCAAACUCUGCUCUGGAGGAGAAUCUCAGUAAAAUUGAAGAAGAGCUGGAAAAUGAGAAAAGACUGGGCUCAGAGCUUCAGGAUGCGGUAAUGAUCGUUCCUCUGGGUGGGAAGUGCUGCGCAGUCCGUACAUUCCCCAAAUAUAUUGAAGAAGUGAAUCUGGGAUAAAAUGGAAAUGGAUAAAUAGAAAUAUUAACUAGCCGACAAGUGAUCCGAUGGGAUACAUUUUUUUUUUUUCCCCACCCUCCCGUGAUUGAAUAACUGCUCAAUGUAAAGAUCCCAGGAGCCCCUGUAUGUAGAGUCUGAAUUGUCUGAGACAUCUCCUAUUCUCUGCAUACUAGGGUAUUUAUAUAUAUAUAUUUAUUUAAUCUCUCUAUUACUAAAGAUGAGGGUGGUGGGGGGUCUUUCAGCCUCUAAUAUCCCUUGUAACCUCUAGUUUUUUUUGUUGUUUUUUUAUGGAAUUCAGUGUCACAAGCUGUUGUUAUUGCGGAGUUGGUGAAUGCAUUCUUUUUGUUUUACCAGUUUAAUAAAAAUAUAAUGCGUGUCUCAGUUUUAAGACGUUUCACUAUUACACGGAUUCACUUCUGGAUUGCUUGAAAAAAUUCUGACAUGUACACCGUUUGCACUUACAGGUUUCUGGAUUAAAUGAGAAAAUCAGAGAUUUGGAAGAGAAAUUUAAGAAGGAGAAAUCUCAGAAGGAACAAGUAAGUCUCUUUUUUCCAAGAUUAGUAAUUGUUUGUGUGUUUCUACAUAGAUUAUAAAGAUAUAACUCUGAACGUCAGUGUCCAUACUGUAACCAACAAUUAAGGGAAAUUUUAAGAAAUAAUCUCCAACUUUAGCUUUAAACUACCUAUAGGCAAAAUGUGAGAUAAAUAUUCGGCCAGGGACUGUUGGUGCAAAUUGAUUUUGUGAAUUAAAAUCCACCAUACUCAGACUGCAGGGAUGAUCAUAAUAAAAAUGUUAUGUUAAUAUUUUCCUAAAAAUCAAAUGACAAAUUAAAAAUAUUAAAGGAUCACUAUGGUGUCAGGAAAACAAAGCGGUUUUCCUGACACUAUAGUGCCCUAAGGGUGCCCCUACCCUCAAAGUUCCCCUCCCGUGGCAGCGUACCUUAAUCCAGCGCCGGGCUCCCUUGGCGCUGGUGACAUCUCCUUCAGCGCCGAUGUCCGCUACUGAGUGGAGUGGAAUGCACAUGCGCGGCAAGUGCCGUGCGCGCAUUCUAACAGUCCAUAGGAAAGCAUUUCUCAGUGUUUUCAUAUGAACGUUCUGCACGUUGGAUGCAAAUUUCGCGUCCAACGUUGCAGAUGCGCCUCUAGCGGCUGUCAGGAAGACAGCCAUUAGAGGCUGGAUUAGCCCUGCUAUGUAAACAUACUUUCUCUGAGACUGCUAUUUUACAUGUGAAGGGGAGGGACCUGGCACCCAGACCACUUCAUUGAGCUGAAGUGGUCUGGGUGACUAUAGUGUUCUUUAACUUUAAAAUCUGUGAACUCACACUCACUGUGUAGUCAGACAUCAUGCGUCUUCUUGUUCUGGAAGGUAUAGCAGAUUUACUGGUUAGUGAAAUACAGUAAUUGUCUGUUUAGAAUUGUUUACCAGGGAACACUAAAGCACUUUUCCUGACAUUAUUGUAAAGUUUUAUUGAGCACCCUGCUACUGUCCGCUCUGAGUGUGACCUAUAACUGGCGCAGUUUGUUAAAAAUCACACCGCUUCUCAGAGCUGUCAAUCAGACGGCCCAGAGUGUGAUUUCCGGGCAGCCUAUAGCAAUUUAUUUCCCCCUAAGUUGGACUUGGUUUACUUGGCUAUGUAAUCACAUUCAUGGACAAUGGCUCUUACAAACAGCUCAUUUGGUUGGGAACCUUUUUAAUGCAAUUAUCCCGUGUUUUUUUUAUUUUGUGUAAUCUAUUAUCUAUAUGCAUUGUAGUUAGUUGGGUCACCUUUAAUCCAUAGUUUCUCUAUCUGUUGAUCAUUUUAUGGCCUUAGAAAGCUUUUCAUUAAUUCUUCCUUUCACUUUUUGUUUUCACGUUUGAUAAAAAGAGAGAAAUUGCUGUUGAUCCAAUCUUUUGUGUCUGGUUAUAAUUUCAGUAAUAUUCUAUUGGCUCCUUUAUGGAAGUUUAACUCUGUGUAAUAGGAAUAUUUAUGGUUUUUGCAGAUACGCACAACUCUGAAAGUAUUUGAGAUCAAUCAGGGAAGGCUUGAAACAUCUCUCCAAGACUCUCUGGAGGAGAAAUCUCACCUGCAAGAAAGCAUUAAACAGGUAUCUGCUAUUCUCUGUGAGUGUGGAAUAACCGCUUCACAUGGAUUUCCUUCUCAUUUUAUGCAGACAAAGCAUUGAUUGCAUUGUUUUCUUGUCAUUUAUUUGAUUAUUCUACAGGAUUUUACAACAAUGUAAAUAGACACAAUGAAAUAUCCUUUCUGUUUAUAUAUUUCAGUUGUCCAUUCAUUUUGUGCUGUAUUUUUAUAUUUCUUACUGAAUCACAAAACCUGGGUGCUAGUUUGAAGUAGAAAAUUUAAGGAAAAAUAUCCAGCACACUGUGGAUGCACUUGUAAUAUAAUGUCCCUUUAGAACUGUGUCCUGCAACCUUUUAGCACCCGAGGCCCGGCAAAAAGAGGACAAAUAUUUUGUGGACCGGCAUCAGACAGAAAUAAAAACGAAUGGUGUGUGUGAUGGUGCUGUGUGUGUGUGUGUGGGGGGGAGGGGGGGGGCGCGCUGUGUGUGUGUGUAUGGGUGGGCAGUGUGUGUCAACGCUGCGAGCUCGCGAGAGAACCUGGCGAAACGGCAAGUUAGAGCUCCCCGGGUCCCCUCUCCCUCCCUCCCCUGCCGGCUGCCGCAUUACACUGCUAGCGGGCCGGAGAUGGAGAUCUCUGAUCUCCCCUCCGGUCCUUCAGGCACGGUUUGCGGCAACUUAUUGCCAGUCCGCGAAGGUUUUCACCCGACUAUACCGUCGGGUGAAAGCUUUUGCGGACUGGCAAUAAAUUCUUGCGGACCGGCUUUAGAAGACCUCUUUGACUGACUAUGAAAGCACCAUAAGUGCCUAGUUUGUUUGUUUGUGUUCCACUAAAUAUUUUUAAGCAUACUUCCCUAUGAAUUCAAAGUAUGAUCUUUACCAAUGGUAAAUAUGAAACUUCUUUGUGCUUGUGUUUUCAGCUUUCCAAAGAAGCCGAAGGAUGGGAAGAACGUUUUAGCGAACUUUCAGAGAAUUCACGCAUGCUGAUCUCUUCCGUAGAGGUUAUGCAGCAAGACCUGAGCAACAAACAGAGUCAGAUCAAGGUAUGCAUUGGUCAAACCUUUUCACCAACAUAUGGAUCGUGUUUCAUAUCUCGGAUUACUGGGAUCACAGUAAAAAAAAAUGUGUGGAAUGCAAACAAAUCCUGCAUAGAUGAUUUCUGUUGCAGACAUAAAAUAACGAAGGCAGGAUUGCUCCAUAACCUUAAUUAAUAAAUUAGGAUAUUUAAUAUGUCCACAAACGUUUACACCAUAGAUGGUUUUGCACUUCAUUUCCAUUAUAUGUCCGCUAACCUGCAGAGUAAAAGCGUCUGGUGUGCUAGGUUUUAGAAUGGCAGCAGAUUUGGGACAAUAUAGGAACCACUUGGCAACAUGAUGGAGUUUAUUCAAUCAUUACCAAAUUGAAAACAGGAUGUAGGUCAAAUUAUCCAUGUCUAACUGUAGUAGAGGUUUUUAAAAUUUCUUUUUUUUUUUUUUCAUUUAGCUAUGAUUUGGUGCUUAGUGAACAAACCUGUAUACCUUUUGUUUGUCGAUGUGUUGGUUUUGAUUGGCAGUAGAGAGGUAUGCGUGAUAACGAAACCUCUUCUUCUGUAAUGCCUUCUCUCUUGCUCUUCACUUAACAUAAGCUGGUAUUGGCAAUUAAAGAACUUCUAACAUAUGGAAACUCAUGGGCAGGACCCUCUACCUGUUGUAUCGGUCUGUUCUUAUUGUGUUCUCUUUCCCAAUUUACAGCGCUGUGGAAUAUGUUGGCGCUUUAUAAAUGUCAGUAAUAUAUGUAACCGUUUAUGAUUUGGAGUGUAGCAUGGGGCAUACUAAGUGGUUUUUUGGAGAUUGGUUUUAAGUCAGAAUCCUUCAACCCCCACCUUUUGCAAUGUUGCUUGAGGUGGUAAUGCACUUCUCAAAAUGUAUAUUAUUUUUUUGUUUCUUUCUAGUCGUUAAUUGAUAGUUUGUUAAAGAUGAAGGACUGGAGCUCUGAGGUGGAUGACGCGAAUGAGGCAGAUGAUAACACAGCCCUCGAUAUCAAGUGGGACUUUGAAAAUGGGGAGCCCUUAGGUAUGUAAAAAGACUACAAAAUAAUUGUAAGCUAAAAAAAAAAGCUAAAAAAAAUCCUUCUAUUUAAAGUUAAUUCAUCUGCUGAAUUUCUAUUAAAAAAAAUAAAAAGGAAAGGGCUGCCAUCAGUGGAAUGUAUAGUAUGUUUCUAAUUCUCAUUAAACCACAACGUUGAUUAAGGCAUUUUACAUACGAAACGUUGUAGUUUUAUUGAGAUUGGAAUAAUACUAUACAUUUCACUGAUUUCUGGCAGUCUGUUCCUUUUCAUUUAUUGUAUUGACUGAGGGGUGAGCGGUCCCCUUGGGAUUUGGAUCCCGUGUGCGACAUUCUUUGUUAUACUGGAUUUCUAUAGUUUGCGGUCAGCUGUCUCUAAACCAGGAAGCUGCUCAGCCAAUCAAGAGGCUCUCGCUCUAUUUAACGGAGCAUGGAGUCCUCCUAUGAACCCCAGUUUAUGAUGUAGUUAGCAUGUUGUUCAAGGCUGGAAUCGCAGCUGCUAUUGGCUGUGCUGAUUCUUCAUUCACAGACAUAUUGGAUGUGACGUGGCUCAGGGUCCUUUAAUGUGAGCUUUUAGGGAGCUGAUCACUAGGGGUGGGAAUUUGUACAAUGCAUAUAUUACAAAAUGUGGCAUUGUACAUCAUAAGCAUACAUUAAUAUGGUGUUUGGAGAGUCUAUUUAAACAGUGGUGAGGUUAAAGGUUAAAAAGCAUUUUUUUUUUGUUUUCAUUUUAUCCAGGAGACCCUCAGAAGCGAACCAUACAGAAGCUGAUCCAUGCUGCUAUGGUAUGACGAAACACAUAAAGAGCCCUCCGCUUGUUUGUAAUAACUGCACAAACAGAUUGGAAUGUAGUAGAACCUACAAUAUUAGCAGGCUUAAUAUUAGAUUGCUGGCCCUUGGGACAAAUCCUGCUUCAGCUGAAGAGGACAUUAAAUUAUUUAACAAAGAGAAUUGCAGAAACGGGAAACCCCUUAAUAAACUUUCUAUAUGCUCAAUAUAGAUCAAUAUUUGCUAUUUUGUAGAGUUGUAAAAUAGUUUGGUUAUUUUCCUCCCCUCCACUGUGAGUAUUCUACAGAUGGCAGGCAACUUCCAGUGAAGUUGUUAUGGUUCCCAGAGAGUCCCAUUAAUGUAGCCUAGCCGGUGAUUUAGUUAGACAUUAAUCAAUGACUUGGCAGGAUUAUUGUAUUAAUUCUGUAACCAGGAUACUUCAUUACCUUCUCCAACUACUUUCACUUCUGUUUACGUAGCUGAAUGCAUCAUUAAGAAGUGUUGAGUCUGAAAAGCAGCAGAUUUAUGAGAACCUCUCAGAUGAAGUGAAGGCAAAAGAACAGCUACAGGGUAAGUGAGCAUGCCAAACUGGUUUAUUAGCUGGCAGUAAAGAUUAGUCAGUCUUAUCAUUAAAACAUUUUUUUUAAAUUAAUUUGCAUUUAAGAAGUUCUAUGUUCGCCUUCUAGUUCUAAAAGAGCAUGCGACUAUAUGACAUCACACAUCCUGCCGCCUGCAUAGGGGCUGUCUCAAACUAAUGUUCUCAAUAGAACGCAUCAGGGUAGUGCCUGCAGCUAAAAGUUAGAGUGCCCUCAAUGAUUUGCACUGUGCACACAGCCUCCUGCUACCUGAAUUUAUUUAUAAUAAGAAAAAAGUUUCACACACAAAGGUAAAGGUGGUCCAGUGGAUUCCAGGCUUUGGUUCUCGGUGUCCUUCAGCUCCUGUGCCAUGACAUACACACAGUCUGAUACUUACUGCUUCUGUUUCUUUUCACAGAAUGCAUUAAUAAUCUCCAAAACUCCAAGCAAACUCUGUCCACUGACAACAAGUGCCUUGAAAGCGAGAUGGAGAUGCUGAAGCAGAAAAUUAGCGUAAUGUCUGAGAUGUACCAAGAAAAUGAAACAAAGCUUCACAGGUAUGGCUGAUCACCAUGCUAACGGUACGGAAGUGGGAGAAGGAAAGACAUUACUUCUUGGUGGCUUAUUUAUAGAGAACAAAUCUAAAGGAAAGUUCUAACAGUGGAGCCAUUAACAGGAAAAUUCCACUGGUUUCCUUUGUGACUGCAUCACUAGAUCUCCCAUGAUGCACAGAAAUUAAGGACAUUAUUUGGCUGGCUGAGCAUCAUGAGACUGCUACUGUCGGUCACGAACAUGGCACAAAGUGCAUAUUCAAUACUACACACAAACCAUAAAAUAAUUCUAGGUUUCCUUUUCUAUUUAGUGUCUCACUGCAGUGUUUUGAUAUAACUGAAUUAAUUUAGCAUUAACAUUUUCAAUUUCCUUUCAGAAAACUAACAGUGCAAGAAAAUGAGCGAAUGCAGAAAGAGGAGAAACUGUCCAAAAUGGAUGAAAAAGUGAAUUUAGCUGCUGGAGAACUUGUCAACAUCAAGUAAUUCUUUUUAUCCAUUCAGACAAAAAUACUGCUUUUUGGAGAAUUUAAAUUGCUCAUUUUCUCCUCAUUGAUUGCAGGACUCGCGUAAAAGAACUGGAAGAGGAGAUUGAAAAGACGGUCUGCUCCUACCAAAGCCAGGUUAGUUGUGGUGAAUACAGACGGUCUGCUCCUACCAAAGCCAGGUUAGUUGUGGUAAAUACAGACGGCCUGCUCCUACCAAAGCCAGGUUAGUUGUGGUAAAUACAGACGGGCUGCUCCUACCAAAGCCAGGUUAGUUGUGGUAAAUACAGACGGGCUGCUCCUACCAAAGCCAGGUUAGUUGUGGUAAAUACAGACGUUCUGCUCCUACCAAUGCCAGGAUAGUUGUGGUAAAUACAGACGGUCUGCUUCUACCAAAGCCAGGUUAGUUGUGGUAAAUACAGACGGUCUGCUCCUACCAAAGCCAGGUUAGUUGUGGUAAAUACAGACGGUCUGCUCCUACCAAAGCCAGGUUAGUUGUGGUAAAUACAGACGGUCUGCUCCUACCAAAGCCAGGUUAGUUGUGGUAAAUACAGACAGUCUGCUUCUACCAAAGCCAGGUUAGUUGUGGUGAAUACAGACGGUCUGCUCCCACCAAAGCCAGGUUAGUUGUGGUAAAUACAGACGGUCUGCGAGAAGGACCCAAAGAGUAAAAGUCUGGCCAAUACACAAUAAAAUGAAAGUUGUCUCAAAACUAACAGAUUCUCAUGAUAUCCUUAGAUCUUACAGUGGUACAGUAGGGUCACUCUGUGUUUUCAAAGUGGACCAAUCUCGUGCGUCCCAAACCUCCCAUGCUGCUAUUGCGGUCCUAGAUGGUGGCUAUUUUUUAUUAAAGCAACAUUCCUAGGUGCACUGAUUAUCUAGGUCCACGGGUAGUGGACAGGGAUGGGCGUUGUUGAGAUGGCUGUCAACAAGAUAUGGUAUAUGAGUUUCUGUUUAAAUUUAGGGAUGCCUUCAGGGAGAAGCAUUGCUAAGUAGAUGAGUGGGGGCGGAAGGGCAAAGAAUUUGCAGCUGGUCUGAGCGAUUUCGGGAAGAUUAAAUGGUUGUAGCAAACUACGUUUCAUUGCCACCCAUUGAGGUAGGGGGCCUUUGAGAAAAUGAGGCAAGACUGAAGCCAUUAUGAAGGCAUGAUAUGUUUUAACAUCCAGAACUGCUAAACCCCCUGCCUUAGUUUAUUGCCUUCAUGGCCACUCUAGGUCUAGUGUCUGCCCAUAUCUAGUAAUGUCCCUUUGGACAUGUUUAGGAACCAGAUUUUAAAGUAAAUUUUGUUUUGAAAAAAUGUGUAUUACAGGAUCAGUGUCAGUUAAUUCCUAACCAUAAUCUCUGCGUUUUGCCAGCAUAAUUACCUGAAAGUGUUUGUUUAGAUUAAAGGUGACAUUAUUCUGGAGUUUGAGUCCACUCUCUGCAGUUGAUGUACAUGCAUCAUUUGAAAAUCGAGAGCCACAAACUGUGUCCUUUACACGACAGUAUAUACACGAUCUAAUAGCCAAUGCUGUACACGAAGACAGUAAUAAAUGCUUACAAAAAAUAAUCUGCUUAAAUGAAUAGCCUUAUGUACUGGAAACGCGUGGCGUACAUAACGUAAUACAAUAACUACUACUAUAAAAAAGGAAAAACAUGCACUUUGUACCAAAGACCACGUUUUCAUAAAUUAAACCCAACAUGAAAGCGAUAAUCUGAAAUAGAUAACGCUACAAAUCCAUAAUACAUGGAGGAAACCGCCAUUUAGAACUUUCUUUUAGAAGAUCACCAGGAUAGCGAGGGUCAGGGUCACAUGGAUGUGAAUGGAUAAAAGGAGAUUUAAGAAAUGUAUUAUUUUUUUUUUCCUUCAGGUUUCGUCUUACGAAAAGAAAUCCCAUGACAACUGGGUAAGUUAUAAUUGUAUAUACCGAGGAUUAUUGCGAUGUAAAAUGAUACAAUUUGUUAAAUCAUUAUUUCUAUUCCGUUAAGUUCUGCUUAAUGAGAAUCUGUAUAUUUAACAUGCUUUGUAAUUUGAAGCUCACAGCCAGAGAGGCGGAGAGACAUCUCAGUGACCUUAAAAAGGAAACGGCGCACCUUCGCCAAAAGUAAGUUGUUCAUGUUGUAGUACAUGUUACACCUGAAUGGAGCUUGCUAUGUGAAUAAACAAUAUAAAUAAUCAUAAUGUGUCUGUGGUGGGAUUCAUAUAUUGCCUGCUGAGCUCCCUAAUGUAACAUGGGGAUUGGGGAAGGGGAAUAAUGACCACCCUCCCUACCCAUGUGCAUUUAAUAUUUAAAUAGAUCUGGAACUCUAAUAUACAGUCUAUAGAGAAAUAGGCUUUAUAAUGCUGUGUAGCCCAGCUGAUAGUAUGUUAUACAAUAUGUGGCACGGCCCACUGUUACAUUGGAUCCUGCCAGAACGCUGUGAUAAAUCUAGUGAUUCUCAGACUGGCUAUGUGAAGCCCACUCAUCCUCUGCAGAGCAGGUAUUCAUAGUCUGGCUUUGCUAUAGGAUCCAGGAAAAAUAUUACAAUUCUCAUGAUCUUCAGAUUUUCUGGGUAUUGGUUGGGAAUCGUACACUAAAACAUUGCGUAAAUGUCGGCUCUUAUUUCAUUAAAGCUAUCUCUAUUCAUUAUCUCUGCCUCUCACUUCUCAGGUUAACUGAAGCGGAGUACAAGGUGGAACUUAUUGAAAGAGAUCCCAAUGCCUUGGAUGUCUUCCAUACAAUUGGCAGAGGUACGAUUUACUAUAUUAUUAUUUCUUGCUUUCUCUCAUUUGGGAAAAUGUAGAUCGUCAUUAUUAUUAUAAUUAUGUCAUGUAAUUAUGUGCCAUACAACCUUUUAUGUAAUCAGAUCGUAUACACUUCCAUUGUUAGAUUUUAUACAUAUUUAAAGGAGCACUAUAGGGUCAGGAACACAAACAUGUAUUCCUGACCCUGUAGUGUUAAAACCUCCAUCUAGCCACCCUGGUCCCCUCUUGCCUCCAUAAAAAUAGUAAAAUCUUACUUGUAUUCAAGUCUGGCACUGCAGGCUUUGUCUCUGUUUCCUGUAGACCUGCCCACUGCUUGCUGACCUCAGCAGAAGUGGUAGCCUGAUCCAAUCACAAUGCUUCCCCAUAGGAUUGGCUGAGACUGACAAAGAGGCAGAUCAGGGGCAGAGCCAGCAUGAUUCAAACACAGCACUGGCCAAUCAGCAUCUCCUCAUAGAGAUGAAUUGAAUCAAUGAAUCUCUAUGAGGAAAGUUCAGUGUCUGCAUGCAGUGGGAGGAGACACUGAAUGUUUGGAUGCAUUUUAGGCAGCCAUGACCCAGGAAGGAUCUCUACCAGCCAUCUGCGGAGUGACCAGUGAAGUUAUCACUAGGCUGUAUGUAAACACUGCAUUUUCUCUGAAUAGACAGUGCUUACAGCAAAAAGCCUGACGGUAAUGAUUCUACUCACCAGAACAAAUUUAAUAAGCUGUCGUUGUUCUGGUGACUAUAGUGUCCAUUUAAAGAAAUAAAAAAAAAAAAUAUAAAUAUAUAUAUAUAAAAAUAAAAUAUAUAUAUAUAUAUAUAUAUAUAUAUAUAUUUUAUUUUUCGGUGUUCCUGGAUUAGAUGGGUAUAAGGGUAUGCAAAUAUUUUUAAUAACUAUACUCCAAAUACUUGCCUUCAUCUUUCAUUUCCUGCUAUAAAUAUUCCUUUGAAUUUAAACCAUAUAUGUAUGUCCAAGGGAUGAAGGAAAGGGGAAUCUUGGUUUGUAUAGCAAUUGAAACUUUAAUUAAAUGAACCUUUUACAGGUACAGUUUCCGGGCUCAGCAGAUCUUUAAAUAGAGCUGAUUUGCAGUAAAACAUGUGAUUAUACCCUCUGUGUAUUGGUAUAAUAAUCCUGUCUGCUCUUGAAGGCUAGGAUUGGCUGGUCUUGCAUUAUAGAUGGAUGUGGCGGUAUAUCUGCUUUAUUGAAUGGCCUUGUAAAUACUAACAUGUUCUGGGAGAACAUAAACUCUCUCUUCUGUUUUUCUCUCAAUAGCAUAUGCAGAUGUUUAUAUGAACCACCAAGGUAUUAAUGUUCAUAUUCAUAGAAUAAAUACCAUCACAUCAACUACAUUCAUUCCUAACAUUGUUUGUCCUGUAAAUGGUCUUUACUUGGAACAUAUCCGACCUUUCAUAUUGUGCUGAAUAUAAAUGUGUGUGUAUAGUAUGAACGUGCCUUACGGAAUCCGAUUUUUUUAUUUAUUUAUUAAUUAUUUAUUUUAUUAUGAUGUAUGCCAAAGGCGCUUAUGUUUAAAUAGAGAUGAAGUAACAAUUAAUGUAAAUAUUUUAUUUUCCCCUUAAAAUAGCACAGAUUGGGCAAGUCAUGCAACUUCAAACUGUUCCAAUGAGUCUGUAAUGACGAUCAUUUUUUUUUUAAUUUUUUUUUUUUUAACUUUAAAAGGACUCAAUUAAUGUUGCCGUAAAAUAGGUUUAUGAACAAAGUGAGGGAAGGAGGAUAAAAUAUCACCUUUUUUAUUCUAAUGAAUACCCCCAUGCCCAGUCUGCGUGCUUCAUCACACUACAAAUAUUAACAAACAUUCCCAUGUUUUGUAAUGAGUUCUGGGAAUAAUCUCAUUUUCUUUAUUGUUCCUAACAUGGUCUGUCUGAAUCUUUUUAGAGAGCUCUCCGUACGGACAUUCCUACUUUAGCCGAUUGCAUGAAAGCAGAACCUUUCUCUCUCCCCCCACGCUAUUAGAAGGCCCCUUGAGAAUUUCACCCAUGCUUCCUGGAGCGGACAGAGGUAACUGAGAAAAACCCGUUUUCUACUGCUUCUCCUUUUAAUACCAAAGAAAGAGAGCGGAGCUUUGCAAGGACCCUCAAUGGUGGCUUCAUCGCUUGCAGUGCAAUGGCCCGGGGGUGCAGGGGAAGAUUUUAUCUUUCUCAAAUACUCCUCUUCUUUUGGUGAAGGGGUUGUUUUGUGGUGCCUGCAUGAAAUAUAUUUUAUUGUAAUUUAUUUAAAGGUACACCAAUGCACCAUAACCAUUACAGCAGAGAUGGUAGUUUUUCCACCCUGUAGUAGUUAUGGUGCUUGGACGUCCUUCGAGUAAGGAAAAGCAUCAACUCCAUUACAGCUUAUUGAUGUGGUUAUGGUGCUAAACAAACUACUCUUAAGAAAGAUAUAUGAUUUAUUUUAUUCUAUAAAUACUAAUGACAAUCAAGCGUAUUGCAUCAAAUGCCUAAAUAGUCCUUUGAAGUGACCCCAGCAUCUAAUUUUUGCCAGGUUCGAGGUCACCAGGAUAUUACCCAGCAUUCCAUAGCCGAGAGCAGAGAGAUGUAAAUGCUGAAAGAAAAGCAGAUCACCAACGGACUCUCUCAGAUGCUGGUUCGUUGUCGCCUCCAUGGGACCGCGAGCAGAAAGCCAGCCUCCCCCCACCAGGUAACGUGGCAGGAACAACACAUGAAUUGUGAUGCUGGGAGUCCAGAGGCCCUUUUUUGACCUCUGAUUGGCCAGCUGUUUGAUUACAUGAAAUUUCAUGGUUGUCUAUAGGUCUGUCAACUAAAUCAGGAUAAAACCAUUGACUCUCAGCUGGCCUUUUCAGGAAAGAUUUAUCGCAGUGUUCUGAAAAAAAAUUCCUUUUAAUGAAAUGGUUUAAAAAAUGGUCUAAAAUGUUGGCUUUGCCUGCCUAAAUGCCACUAUUCUACAAAAGAGUGAAUCCGAAUGCUUUCCUGGGUGAAGAAAUGAUGGAACGAUUGCAUUCAUUGAUAGUUAGAAGACGUCAUAUGAAGAAAAAAAAAUCCAACAGAUUUAACACAUUGUGCAGGGAAGGGGUCAACCAAAACCUUAACAGAAUGGCUGCAGAUAGUUUGGCACUUUAAUAAAUUCCCCCCUUGGGGGCUAGUUAUUUGCAUGUCUAUUGGCUAGAGGGCCCGCUGUGUUCAUCUGUUGAAGACCUGCCUUUUCUGAGAUGUUCCUGAAGAUAUAAUUGUAUGAUAAAACUGUCUAUGCUUUGUGUUGGUAUUUCUUUGAAGUUUAAAUGCAAUUAAGAGGAAUAGAUUGACUUGACUACAAAUGCCAAUGGCUGUUCUUGUGCGUGUGAUGCGAGAUGAUAAUCUAUGAGUUAUUGAAUAAAACUAUGGCAUAUAAUAAGUGGAAUACUUAGAUUUUACUUUAUUUUUACUUAAUCAUGUUUCCUUAAUCCAGAACCACUUUUCCAACAUCGAAGACCGGAGCGAUUGUAUCAUUAUCCUGCACCUUCUGGAAGAUUCUCCGGUCCCGCAGAACUCACCAGAAACCAGGGAAAACCAUUCCACGACUCAACAGGCAAGUUAUUCUGGUUACCCUAUAGCUCUUUACAGAAUGUUUGUUUGGUGAGUUAAGAUGUUCCUAGAAUAAAGGUUUCCUAAGUCGGCUCCAGAGAGGUGGACACAAAAUUCACAAAGACAUAGACAAACAUAGCAUUCUGUGCUAGGUGUGUGUUGGCAAUAUGGCCAGCACAAGUGGCUUUCCCGCUGAUGCUAAUAUACUUUUUCUGUGUUGUGGUUAGAUGGACAAUCUUCUCCAGAAUAUAAAUCAAGCAGGAAUGGAUCUGAAGAGAAUGAGGUAUGUUGUAAUAAUAUUAAUAGGAAGAAAUGGACCUAGAACGUUUAUUUUCUGCUAUAUAUCAACAUUAAUAGGGAUUUCUGCUCAGGGAGGGAUUUUUUUUAAAAGAAGAAAGAAAUAGGCGUUAACUAUAUAUAAGGCAGCAGUGAACCAGCAGGAAUUCCCAAUACCCGCUAAUAGUUACCAAAAUUAUAAAAACAAAGUGGUAAACCGCACCAAAAUAGUGAAAUUGAUAGAUCGGUAAUAAUUAUAGUAUAUAUAUAUAUAUAUACAGAAAAUCCUGUGGUAUGGGAAUGUAUAUAACCCUCAAAAAGAAAUGAAUACAAGACAAUAAUAGUGCAAUACGCCAAACGUAUAAGUGCGUAAAUAAACUAAUAGAAGACUAACUCACACUUUGCAGAGCUACUAAGAGCUCUGCUAUACAGCAGGGAUUUUUCUUGACUGGUACGAUUGUAUCUAGGACUUGUGCUAGCCAGUGUAUAAAUGAGAGAGAGAAAUUUUUUUUUUUUUUUUUAAACCUCCUACAAUCACAUAAUGUCUGAAUAAGGCUGCCUUGUAGGAAUGGUGGGUGUUUAAUUUUAGUCUCUAUUUGCACCACGCUGGAAUCUAUAUUGCGAUCAGCAAACGUGAAGAUCAUAUUUACUUUAUAUAAAUACAUCAGCUCUGCUGAAAUCAGUCGGCAUCUUGCAUAAUCACUAUCACAUCCUACUAGAACCUGUAACAUUUUAACUUCUCCUGUAGAACCUGCGUGCUUUGCCAAGACCACCAAUGGAAGGAGAAGCAAUGGAGAUGACACAUAGCGUCUACACGGGCCAUCCGCCUCUUAUGAGGAUGCCUCUGUUACCAAUGGAUCCUAGGGGGGCUUUUUUCAGAAGACCGUUCCCUAUGCCGCCACCUCCAAUGGAGAUGUUUGGACCACCCCCUUAUCAUGGCAUGUCGCCAAUACCACCACUCCAUGCUGCAAGUAAGCAAAAAAUUAGGGGUGAAGAACACUAGUAAAGGUACAAAAUACUUAUCGGGGAGAAAAUAUCUAAUUUACCCAAAAAUUCAGGCAAUGUUAAGAGUCCUUCAUUCUGAGGGGCACUGCUAAUUUAGUUAAUUACAUGUCAUACAACAGAAUGUUUGUUUCUUGUGAGCAAUACAAGUCACCAUGAAGAUGAGAGGGGUAGUCAAGACAAAAUUUUCAUUAAAGGAACACUCUGGGUACCAUAACAACUUAAUCUCAAUUAAAUUAUGGUACCAGUAGGUUAUAGGUGCUGUCGUACCUUAUUUAAACAGUUUACCCCACAGUUGAGACGGAACCAGUCUGCUCUCUUUAACUCCUUCCAGCAAUGGUCUGAGGCUUCUAGGUGGAAGCCUUGAAUUAUUGGGUGCCCCUUUCAAUCUGAAACAUUAAAUAUACAGAUUAUUUGCACCAUCACCACUUCUAAAGUCAGAAGUGGUCCUAGGUGUAAAGUAACCCUUUAACCUAUUAUGUUUAAAUACAGUAUCUCAGAAUAAAUUAAACUUAUUAAAACAAUUCACGCUAUGUCUGGCGAAACAGAAGUACGCUUUACUCUAGGGAUCCUUUAUCGAGGAAACAUAUAAGGUAUCGUAUUCCGCUAGCACAAUGCACAGACAAAACACAAUAAAGGAAGUGUCAUAUCAUGCACAAGUGAUACAAUUCCUGUUAUUGUAAAUGAAUGGAACACUAUGUUUCACUGUAGUAGUUAUAGUGCUUGAAGAGCCAGAAGGUCUUUGAGCGAAGUAUCGUAGUGCUUCGCUCAGAGAGCAAGUCUCGGCUCUCUCUCAUUUGUAGUGCAGACAGGGGCGACAGACCCCACGUAAGAAGCCACUUACAGCAAGAGGGUGCAUUUAUUUUAGCUCCAUUAUAAACAUUAUUUCCUUUUGUUUCUUAUUUCAGUGAGGAGCCCCAUGCCAGUGCCGCAUUACCCACCCUUCCCAGUGCACGGAGAUCAGCAAUUCCCUCCGCAACAUGUGCGGCCAAUGUCCAGAAGUGACCUCCCUCCAGCCAACGCUGCUGCUGUUCAUGCACCUCCCGCCAGUGAAUCUGUGCCUGAACCUUUACCGGAAAAUAAAACUUGACAUUGCCUGAAGAUUUAAUGACUCCAAAUACCCAGCACCCCUUAAAUAAUUAACUUUAAUAUAAAAAUCUUCAGUAGCAGAUUUCAGGAAAGUGAUUUGUACAAAUUUGACAAUUGUGAAUAACUGGUAUGUACAUGAAGAUUUCCCCCUCCCCCCCCCUUAAUUUAAGAUAAUAGUCAAGAAUUGUAGAUACAUUUUUUUUUUUUUUUUUAAUAGAAUUAGCUUAUUUCUUAAAGCAGAGCUGCCUAACUCAUGAACCUCAGUCAGAAGCUGAUCCAAACCUACUGUAAAUACUGAAGCAGAAAAUACUGGUAUGGGAGGAGAGAGGAUAAUUUUUUUUUUUUUUUUUACAUUUUAUAAUGAAAAGAGCAGAGCUAUUCUUCUGCUUUACUACUAGUUGUCUUUUUUUUUUUUUCAACCUUCAAAUGAUGAAAUAAUUGUAACAGGUAAGAAAACGAUGACUUUCCGUCCUGGCUCAGAAAUCCGGAUCAUGCAGAUCAAUGAGAUAGUUUGUAUGUGACCAUAUUAUUCUUUGAGUGAGUAUUGGAAAGGUCUGUAGGCUAAUUUAUCAUGCUAUACAAGUAGAUGAGCUGGCGUUGGUGCUCCUGUUUCAAAUUAAACUGUUUUUAUGAUAGGAAUUGGUGUAGGUUUUUAUUUUUCCAUUCAGUAUUGCCAGCAGUGUUAUUAGAAUAUAGACUACUACAGAGUAUCUAUCGCCUGCUGUGUAAUGUAAGUAGGGCAAAGUGCAAUAAUAAUCACCCAGCUUACUGCUGUUUGCCAGCUAUUUUCUGAUCACGUUCAGAGUCGGGUUAUGUUACAGGCCAGUAAGCACAGCAUUCUAAGGC